AUGAAAAAGCCGCGGAGGAAACUGCCCCUCAACUCGCUCGCAAGUGGCGGCACCACCACCAGCAGCAGCGUGUGCUUUGAAACGGCGAGUUUCUCCCCCUGGGGCUUUUGGACCGAGGAAGAGGCGAGUCUCUUUCCUGUCAUCGUUUAGAGACGCGGGUGGGGGAGGAAACCCAUUCAUUCAGUUCUGCAGGUGUGUAAUCAGCCGGAGCCCCACGAUCUCCUGUGGAUCUACAACCGAGCAGGAGCAGCAGCAGCAGCAACAAAUCCCAACACCUCCCAAAGGAUCAGGUGUCGAGGGCUUCUGCGUGCGAAAUUUUUAUUAUUAUUUUUAAUAUAUAUAUAUCUCCCUCCCCCAUCCCUGCCCCCCACCAUUCUCUCUUCAAGCAGGGGAGCGGGAGCUCCACUGAGAUUAGUCAGCAAGUGUGUCAAACCCCCACUUCAAUCUACACACACACACACACACACACACACACACACACCCCUCUCCUGGACCAACAAACAAAAACACCCCCUCCAAAAAAAGAGGCACCCACCCACUUGGCUGGGCAGAAAGCGCAACCACCCUCCAGAGAAACAAAGAGGUGUUGCCACCCAUCCGAUCUGGGUCUCCUUCCUUUCCCCCCCACCCCCUUCUGGGUGUUGCUUCCUCGGCGCCGUUGCCCUUUUCCCUGGAGAGUCUUUGUUGCUGUUUAAAGUCAGACAAUGAGGCGCCGGGAAACUCCCCUCGGCAGCCUCCUGGACGGAGGCGAGCAGCUCUAGCGCCCGCCGUGCGCGGAGAGGCUGGCGGGGAGCGAGAGGCAGAGUUGCCUGCCCCUUUCCGCCCGGAGGGGCAGCUGCUGCCGCCGCCGCCGCCUGCCUGCCUGGGCUCCCCGAUGGUUUUGUCUGGGCUCUGGCAGAGCCUCCGAUCCCGUCGCGCGCGCCUCGCCCUCCUGCGCUGCUUCUGCACUAGGAUGUUGCGGCAGGUCUUGCACAGGGGGCUGAGAACGUCUUUCGCCAGACUCGGCCACUUCAUCGCCAGCCACCCGGUCUUCUUCGCCUCCGCGCCCGUCCUCAUCUCCAUCUUGCUGGGCGCCAGCUUCAGCAGGUACCAGAUCGAAGAGAGUGUCGAGCACCUGCUGGCGCCCAAGCACAGCCUGGCCAAGAUCGAGAGGAACCUGGUCAACAGCCUCUUCCCCGUCAAUCGGUCCAAGCACCGGCUCUACUCCGACCUGCAUACUCCGGGCAGGUACGGAAGGGUCAUCAUCACCUCCUUCGUGAAGGCGAACAUGCUGGACCAACACCACACCGAGCUGAUCUUAAAGGUAAUGCCCGAGCGUGUGUGUGUGUGUGUGUGUGUGUGUGUAUAUAGUGGAGGGGAGAGAGGCAGAGAUGAAUCGCCCCUCUCUCCUGCAUCCCCACUCCUUGAAUCGUGGUAGAUUUGCUUCUAAAUGUGAACAGAUGUGUCUGCAUCAUAUAUUUAUCUACGCGGCUGUGUCUCUCUGGGUAACUGUUCCUUGCCCUGAGAAUGCAGCUGCCAAGUCACAGCCCUGCAACAGUUGGGUUGACUCCUGGUUGCAGAACAGAGUAGAGAUUUCCUCUCAUCUUGGGAGGUGGUGAGGAGCAGAGGAGGUGGUGGGGUGUGUGUGGAAGAUUUUGUGAAUGAAGGAAUGACACUUUAAAAACAUUCUGCCUGUAUUAUACACGGAUUGUCCCCACCACCACCUCUUUCCCCCCUCUCUUGUUUCUAUUGUGCAAGUUGAGGCAAUGGCAGUUAGUUUUGCUGAUCUGCAGUUGAACCUAAACUUCAAAAUUGAUUUAAGGGGAUUUGUAAAAGUCGACCGGUUGUGGGCUGCUCUGGACUUAAUUCCUAUAGAACAUUUUUUUUUUAAAAAACCACAACCUUAGUAUUGUAACAGCUCUUGCAAGUUUGUCAAAGCCAGGUGUUGUUUUGUUUGAAAUCUAUUUCUUUUAUGGCAUUUCACAUGCUAUUUUCACACACAGUUUCAAAAUCAAAGGAAAGGGUAUAUUGUUUAAAUGGCGUCACUCUAUAGAUGUUUGCUAUGUAGUAUAAUGCAUGUUAUUUCAUUAGGUUUUACCUUCCUGGGUAUAAGCGGUCCCACCUAUUUCAGUAGUCUGUCGUAAUUUGUCAGGAAUAAUGUCCGUGUCUGUAUUACAAUAUAUACUCCAAUCAUUUUGAGUACAGGCUUAGAAUAAAAACAUGAGAAAGAGCUGCAGGUGAGUGGAAAGAAGAACAAUAUGAUGAAGGGGAGGAAAACAAAUUUCUGAAACAUGGAGAAUUGUUUUAGAGGUGUGGCUAUGACUAGCCCCGUACACGCUUUUCAGCAUUAAACAACUGCACUGCAUGUUUCCCUUGCCUCUUUUGGGAAUUGCCAGACAGUGAUUUUCUGGAAACAAAAAAAAUGUUGACAGGUCUUCAGAAGACACUGCAAAGUAAUCUUAAAUGUUUUGACCUUUAGAGUCUCUCUCCUCAACUGAGAAAAUGCAUAUUCAUAGAGAUAGUCUUGCAAGUUCCACCAAACCAUAUGCUAAGCAUUCCAUGAUAGAAUAGAAUCAGUAAUACCAGCAUUUAUCUCACAUUUAAUUAUUUGUAUUUGAAUAUUGAUAUACUGGCCCAGAAAUAUCAAAAAGGUGAUGUAGUUUGUGUCUUCCCAUAGAAAAUUUCCUGGCAAAUAAGGAAACCAUAGGGAUGUCAAUCCCUAUUCCUUUAUUCUCCCUGAGAUACAUUCUGUUAUAAGUAGGCAUAGGAUUAGCAUAGAUGUUCUCCUGGUUUGCUAGCUCUAGAAAAGAGACACAAAUGACUCUGAAUCUUUUCCAAAACCCUUUUAUGCACAACAUUAUCUACCAGUGCAACUUAGAACUGAUAGUUAUGUCAGAAAGAUUGAUAAUUAUAUCAGUGUUCGGUUCAAUCUAAUUUAUAAUCAGACUUUGGCCACUGAAUGUUUAUUGUUCAUUUAAUGAGAUGGUGGUAAACCACACACCACAGUCACUUUUGACACCAUGGACUUUUGCAGUUAGCUAGAAAUCAUUAGGCAUGCCAAAUGUUCUCUGUUAUUGAAUAGUUGCCAUCUAUACAUUGUGCAAUGACCUCUGUUUUAACCGCUUCUCUUUGGGACUGGUGCCAUGUUCAGGUGAAUGUGUGGUUGAGCCCUUGAAGGAUCCUGGGAAGUUGGGUUUAAGCAAUGAGAGACAGGACACGAAAUUCUUGACAUGUUGUGGUCAUGUGGCGUUGAAUUGUUGAGCAGCAAAAGGAGGUAACAGGUAGAGGGUUAUAGGAACUUAAGCUGUAAUCCUAAACCUACUUUCUAGGGAGUAAGCCCCAUUGGCUACAGUGGGAUUUGCUUUAAAGCAAACGUACAUUGGGUCUCACUGCACGUCAUCUGGUUCCCAUAAUGUUCCACCUUGUAGCUAAAUUAAGAACUGUAGAAUUGGAAGGGACUCCGAGGUUCAUCUAGUCCAGCCCCCUGCAAUGCAGGAAUCUCAACACGCAGUCUCCCAUCCAGUUUUAAACCAUGCUGGACCCUGCUUAGCUUUGCAAAUGUUUUGGCAGUUUUAUUAGAUGUUUCAUUGACUACCUAAUAGGCAAAAGUAUGACCGGGAGCUAAUGGCUAUAAGAUUAUUGAACGUAUUGUUUUGUCUUUCUUCAAUCUAUGUCUUCUGUCUGUCUAGAAACGUUCUGUCCCCCUAUUUUCCUUUCUCCUUUUUUCUCUGAAAGAUGGCCAUGGCACUACUGGUGCAACCCAUCAAUCAAAAUUAUUAUCUCGCCAUCUUAGGAAGAUCUCAUGUUUGGAAAAGUCAUCCCCACUUCUAUAAGCAAUAUGAGGAAGGGUCAGGGUGGAACAACUGCUUCUCAUGCAGAAGAUUCCAGGUAGGGCUAAGAAGGACAUUCUGGAGAACCACUGCCAGUCAAUACUGAUCUACAUGGACCUGAGAUCUAACUUAGUAUAAGGCAGCUUCUUAUGUUUGCUCCUAAGUACUAGAUGGAGAAUUAAUAAUGUUUUGAUACAAAGCAGUUGUGUCUAUCAAUAUGAGUAUCCAGGAGUUGAGAGGCUGUUGAUUGUUUGAUUUGAGCACUGUUUCCUGUGAGUGGCUAAUGGUCUUGGGACAUAAGGGCAGGGCUAUUUUUACAAUAAUGAGUCACCCUUAGAAGAGAAAGGGGGAAAAAAUCCAUGGAGAUCAAACCAAGAUCAGCGAGAUUAUAUCAUGGAGGAGAGGGCUAUCAAAGGCUACCAGCCAUGACAACUCUGCUCUGCCAAUACACUUGAAGGCAGCAAUGCUUCUGAAUACCAGUUUCUGGAAGCCACAGGAGGGGGAGAGGGUUUUUGUGCUCAAAUCCUGCUUGCUGGCUUCCCACAGGCAUCUGGUCGGCCACUGUGAGAACAGGAUGCUGGACUAGAUGGGCUAUUGGCCUGAUCCAGCAGGCUCUUCCCAUGUUCUUAUCAGCAACUGAAGGCUCUCCUAGCUUAAGAUGGACCUCAGAUCGUAGUGUUACAUCUGCAGCUCAUUCUCCACUGACAAGUAAAUUUUAGCAUGCCACACUCUCUGAAUUGCUUGCUCAUAUUAGCAACUCUGAAAUGAAGAUGCUCUUUAUAUCUCAGACCCAGUUUGGACACUGCUGAUUUCUGCCUUUCUUUUUAACCAGGAUUUCUAAACAAACUCCUCAUUCGCUGCUAAAAGAUAAAAUAAAAUAGGAUUGCAGUGUAUUUAUUUUUCCCCACUUUGGUUAACCAUGUCUGUUUUAAAAUUUCAAUAUAACCAUAGAGCCAAGCUCCAGACUUCCACUUGCAAGUAUAUUUGGGCUGCUGUUAACAGCUACUGCUUUGCAACUGGUUUCUAUUUUUUGACAGGCAAAAUGAUGAGGAAAGACACCAGUGUUCUUUCCCAAAUCUAGCAAGUUCCCUCGUUCCUGACAGAAGUCAUCUACUAACUGAGAGGGGAUUUUAAAUGAGAAAACACAAUCCUGUGUAUGUCCCACCAUGUUCAUUGGAGUUUACUCCUUAGUAAGUUUGUUUAGGAUUGCAGCUUAAGCUGAUACUGUCUUAACAUAAAAAAAAGAAACUCCCUGGACUUGGGUAUAGUAAUUUCCCAAUGGCACUGGACUUUUGUCAAAUAUUUAGUGGCACUGAAAGCUGAUAAAAUGAAAACAGGAAAGCGAGACCUGUAUGUUUCUACUCAUUCACGAGUCCCAUUGAGUUCAGUGAAACUUAUUCCUAGGUAAGUAUGUAUAGAAUUGCAGCCUAAAAUGUUUGUUUUAUUUCAGGGCGCCUAGAAAAUUAGUGCCUUUAUCUUAGCCUAAAGAGAUAUUCUGGAUAAUGACAAAAAACAGUGACCUAAGGGGACCUAAAGAGGCACAUUAAACCUUAGCUGUAUACCAGUGUUUCUCAUUGACAGUCCUCAUUGACAAUCCUGAAAAUGCUUAGCAAAGCUGCCGUAGUGUAUCUAGAGCAGGGCUAGGGAGCCCAGGACCCUCCAGAUGUUGUUGAACUGCAAUUUGCAUCAUCACUGAAUAUUGGUCAUGCUGGCUGGGGCUGCUGCAUUUGCUGGGCCCCCAUCUUUGAUGCAGAUCAACAAGACACUUAUUAACCAGUCAUUUUCUGCUGGGACAGGUGACUAUUGCAUCAUUUAGUCUUCUGAGAGUCUAGUGGGAGUAUCUGUUUAGGAUUAGGGUGAUUUCUUGCUUGACUGGAGGCUAGUACAAUUCAUGAAGGGCAAGGAGCCAAGAUUGAAGUCUACAUAUGGGAAGGUAAUUUCUUUCAUGUAGGUUUAUAAUGUAAAAGAUGGUGAAGUCACACUUGCACACUACAUGAGUUUCUCCCAAUAAGAGUAAGAAACAUUUGGUAUUUGACAUUUGAAAAUAGCCUGAAGCACACAAAAAGCAGGGGAAUUAUGCUUGCACAAAAUCCCUACAUGAAUAUGGUCCAUUGGCUUGCCAGAUCUUAUACAGGCAUCUCUCCUACAAUCUAGCUUGGAAGGCAAAUCACAGGGCCUAUAUAUCUACCUCAAAGAGCUAGGGCUGAUAUUGAAAGGUUGUGAAGAACAAACUAUUAAAUGUGGCCUUUUCUUCUGACAAUUAAAAGCUUCCCUUACUUCCACUAGUACCACACAUUUCCUUUGACUUCUUUAUUUUAAAAAGCACCUUUGUUGAGGUUUUCACACAUUUAAAUUAUCUCCUUUUAAACCAACUAAUCCAUAAAUCAGCUAAAAUAUUUUAAACAGUAAGUAACAGAUUAAAACUUUAAAAUAGUUUCUAAAUGCAUACAUUUCAACAGGAUGCUACAAAACUGGUUUUGAGCUCAAUUGGAUAUAAUGGCACUAUAUUCCAGCUUUUCAUGAAAAACGCAUUCACCUGUCCUGUCAGAAUUGGGAGGCAAACCAUUAUACAUUUUUGGUUCAGGACCCAUUACGAAGUUCUUUUUUUUAUUAUUUGGUUCCACUUCAGUUCAGUACAGGGUGAUAUGGCAAACUGACCUCGCGAGUUCCAUUCCAGUUCUAGUUCAUAUAAUUGUGCUACCAAUCUUAAUCCUAAUCUUAAUCUAAGAUGGCUAAACAUACCAGAAAGAAAUGCCUACAGUACAUACAGAAAAUUGUAAUGUAAAAAGGAGAGAGAGAGAGGACUGGGGUUGAUCUGGGGUUAUAUUACAUGACAUUAAAAUAUAUAAUUUGAUGACAAAAUUUUUUUUUAAAAAAAAACAAACUUGCACACAUACCAUUCAUCUCCAUUCAGCAAACUUUCCCCCAGUACCUUAGAUGUACUUUAGGGUAGUCACAUAUACAUUGCCAAAAAGAGGACACAGAUCUCCAUAUGACAAUUUGUAUGUACCAAUGCAAAAUUGGAAAUCUGCUAAACAGAAAUACAAUACAUCCCACCAUAGUAGGGGAGGCCUGUGACCAGAUGACCUCUGCACCUGCUCUCCUAUUUAGGCAUCACACCAAACCAGAAUGGCUUAUCUGCUUUAAUGUUCUGUUUUGCUCAGUGCUCUCAUCUCCUGGUGCAACAGCCUCCCUACACGUAUAUAAAUAAUGGUUGUCAAUUCAGACAUGAAGCCAAAUAAAGGGAAGGGCUGCAGAUCAAUGGCAAAGCAUCUGCUUUGCAUUCAGAAUGUCUCAGGUUCAAUCUUUGGCAUCUCCAGGAAUGUUACCUCUCUGAAACCCAGGUGAGCUGUUGCCAAUUAGCAUAGACUCGAACUAGAUGGACCAGCAGUAUGGGUGGUACCAGGCGGGGGCAGUGAGGCACACGCCCCCACAAGAAAAAACCUUUUGCCCCCCAUUGCUGGACUCUGAUUAGCAUCUACUGUUAUUUUUCUUUCAGAGAUGCUAACAUGUGUGACAUAACUUGCCCAUCAUGAAAUAUACUUUGCCCCAUCUGUGCCGCCCUCCCUCCAAAAAAAACUUUUUUCUGGUGCCAUCACUGGCCAGCAGUAUAAUAUAGCCUGCUAUAUUCCUAUGUUUCAGGAAGCUUCGUUAUGGUUUAGUAACUGCAGUGAUGUCCCAGCUGGAAAACCGGUUUGCAACUGAACAGCUACCAUGCUGACAGAAAUCGUUCAAUGCUUCGCAUACACAUAACACCCAUGGGCUCACCCUGGUUUACACACCUACCUUUAUGACUUUCCGUAAAUUCUGCCCAGGUCCUAAUGGGCAGCAGGAAUAUGUGCACCGUGACAUAACUGGGAAAAUCUCUUGCAUCUGAUGCAGGAGCUGUGCUUCCCCACUCAAAGUGCUAUCCUAGGCUGAGCUGGCACCACCAUUAGGCAAAGUGAGGCAGCCCUCUGGAGCUUUCCUCCACCCACCUCUCCUUCUGGAGGAUAAAGCAGUCUGUGUGCGCACCACACAGACUGUUAUGCACUCCUAAGCUAACCUGCUACUGCCCUUGAGUAUUGUGGAGGAUGCUGUCCCAUUAUAGCAGAAUUGAACUCUAUUUCAGCUGCCAGUCCACUCAGCUUCUAUAUGUGGAAUGGGGGAUGGUACCAUCUUGCCCUUUGCUUCAGACAGCAAAAUUUCUUGGCCUGGCACUGAACCUAGGCAAUUAGCUAUGAUUACCUGCUUAAGUGAAAAAAUAUGUAAAUAAGCUAUGGUAUUUUUUUCCAGAAGACAACCCCUGCUAUAUACGUAUGUAAAAUACCCUAUAAAUGCAAAAGGAAAUAUUAUCCAUACCUUAUACCAUGCUAAAAUAAAAUCAAUGUUGAUGGAAUCCUUUCAGUAUCCUGUCUCAUGAGCUGGCUUUGCAACUCCCAGUGUAGAUUUUAUCAACUCUUGACAUUCUGAAAUCAUGUAUCAUUCCCUAGAAAUCACGCUAGAGUUAGAAAUCAUGAGAGUGGAAUAUCUUCUUGGCCUUUUGCCUAAGAUUAAGUGUAGAAAAUCAUGAGAUUGAACAGGUUGCCCUGAGAUUUGGGAAAGGGUAUCAUCAAUAUAAUGAUCACCAAGCUCUUUUUCUUCUUUUCAGCAGAACCAAGUCAGGUGGUAAGGCCCUAAAUAGGUGCCUGAUGCCACUGACAGAUCAGGCAAUGGACUACAGCGGACUGGGUUCACUGAAGAUCAAUUGAGAUGAGACAGAGAUAUUGAGGGUGGGAGCCCUAAUUUAUAUUGGGAGUCAGUGAAUACUUUGUUCUGAAUGGAGUUAAACACCUUCCUGAAGGAUCAGGUGUGAAACAUAAUGUUUCUGCUCUUGUCAUGCUUUGUCUUGAAAUCAAGAAUGCUAGAAAAUUAUUUUUUGUUUCAAUGAAAAAUCUGAUUCCCCAAGCUAAGGCAUUAAGUGUAAUAUCAUUGUGGAAUGAGCCAUAAACAUCUCAGAACUGCAUGACAAAGGACAUGGUUAAUGCAAAGCAUCUUUUUUGUAAGAAAGAAUUAUAUAUGGGCCACUGGUUUCAUUAAAACAGCUUUUGGUGAGAAAUGAGACCUUAUCUCGUGGCAUUUUCACCAUGGAAGUAUGGUCAACAUUUUUGGAUAACUGUAGUCCAUAUUUAAGUACUAGAUGGACAGCUGAAAAGAUAUAGCCUGUCCUUGAAGUAGAAGGUUUCCUUUUUUCUCUUUGCUGUAAAAUAGAACUGCUGGGGCACAAAAUGCCCCUCAUCCUAUCCAGAUGUGGAAAUGGUAAAUCACAAAGAAAGCCCAGUUAUGGUGCAAAUGGAUCACCCUGUAAAUAUAAAAUCUGAGUGAUAUUGAAUUGGAUGGCAACUAGUGGCAAGUGUUUUCCUACCUUUUUAGUAAUGUAUAAAUAUUUUAGCCUCAGAAACCAUAGGAUAGAUAUGGUGAGACAAUCAUCAGAUGGUGGAGCACCAUUAACAAAGGGAUAAGUUUCUGACUCACCCAGACGGCUGUGUCAACCCACCCUUGCAGUCCUAUAAAUGUGUUUAGGAUAGUGAUGCUUCUUUCACACUCAAUUGACAUAAAUAAAUUGCAUUGCACUGCAUAUGAGCAUCAUGUAGUGAUUGGCCUAUAUGCUAUGAAUCAUGCAGGGGAAACCGAUAGUAUGUAGAACAUCAUAGGCUCCAGCUCCUAGGGGCCAAAGCACUUUCACUUCUCCCCAAUGUAUUUUUUGAGGGGGCUGGGCCCCCUCAGUGUUCAGAGGGUGUUCAACUCCGUCCCCUGGCUUCUCACAACACCACACACAUGAUGUCAGGACAUCACGUCUGGGCCCCACUAUCUUCAUUAGAAGUUGGCUCCUCUGUAGAACAUGCAGAUUUGGAGUAUUAUUCUAUCUAGCUCAGUAUUGUCUUCUAGCUGGCAGUAUUCACCAUCCUUUUUUUGGAGAUGGCAGGGAUUCUGUUAUCAUUACAUAUUCAAUUUGUUAGCAAAUUGCAGGGCAAGCUCUAGGCUACUUACAACUAACUUUAAAACAUACAUAAAUGUUAAAGCUAGCAACCAUACAUAAACAUAGAAAUUUAAAGUGGAGGUUGAUCCAUCAGAGUAAAUGGAUCUACCCAGUCCUGCAUGCCUAUGUUUAGAAUUUUUAAAAACUGUCUUGUUUUAGCACUUUGGUGUUUGCUACCCUGGGCUCCUUUAGGAGGAAGGGUGGGAUAGAAAUUUAAUAAGCUCACCAUGCCAGGCAAUUGUAUAUAUGCUUGAAGGAAUGUCCAAAAUAUGAUAAAUAUCAACACACACAUAAGAGUACUGAGAAUCCCAUAUGAAUGUUGUAGAUUGCCAAAAAUAGGUAUGUUUUUACAGUUCUCAGCUGUAUGGCAACAAUCAUAUUUAGGGGUGGUCAACACUUACCGGUGUAUCUGCAAGGUUUCAGGCAUUCAACAAAGUCAUCUGGGCUUGUCAGUAUUAGCGUGUAAAUGUUAACUUUAAUCUGAUUUUGAAUAUUCGCAACGUAUUGUAUAUCCAUCACUAAUUCUGGCAGUGAACUUGAGUGGCUGAGUGCCUAUUAAGUUGGAAGUGAAACAGCCCCAACCAAAACAAAGUACUGGGGACUCUCUAAGUGUGAUGGUAAUUGAGUUUGCAAUUAAAAAGAAAAGAUGCCCCUUAAAAAUUAAAAAAAAAGCCUGACAAGGCCCUGUGACCCUCUAAGGAAUGUUGAGGUAACAGAUUUGGGAGUGGAGAAACUGGAUGGGGGGGAGAGAACAGGGAAUUGCCCUUCUUAACCCCCUAACCGCUGAUAAUAAGAGAUGCAAGCUGUGACUUUUUUAUAUGUAUAAAAAAACCACCAUCCUUUCUCUGUAGCAAGCAGAGAUGUUUCAAGAAGAAUAAAGAAAGCCUUUUUCCCUUUCCCAGUCUCAAAAUUACCAUUUCUCGAUACAGCUAUAAAUGCUGAGAUUCCCAGGCUGGCAGACUGCCCCAAAUCCGAGUCCUCUAGCAUGAUAUAGCACAGCAGGGGAUUGCCUCAGAGAGGUAGGAUGGAAUAAAGGGUCCUUUUUUUUCUUCCCCCUCCUCCUGGAACUGGAAACACAUCCAGACCUAAACAAACUACAAGCACAAUUUGCAGAGACCUGAAUUCCAAAGGGUGGGGAUAUGCUGGUCCCUGUUGUACGUAAUAAGAUUUGUGCUAAGUCACUAUUAGCAUCAUCAGUGUUUUUCCCCCUCCCUUGGGCUCCACUGUUCCAGCUCCCUCACAGAAGGAAGCUAAACAACCCCCCUUUAAUACGUUCUCCGUACUUUGCCAGCCACCAAUGAGGCUCCUGAAAGCCAGGAGGAAGUCACUAGCCUAAGUGACCUCCUUGAACUCAGGUGCUGACGAACUCACUAGGGCAGAAUCCCCAAAAUAGACUUUGUUUUUGAAACAGCCUCUUAAGAUUUGUCUUCUGGGAUGCCUGCCACUGACAUUUGCAACAUUUCUCCCCCAUCAAAGCUCCGAGGAGAUAAUUUUUCUCUUUAAUGAGAGACCCUGAGGUUCUCCUGCAACAACUCUUGUAUAAUGACAUGGCUCCAGGGGUGUGUGGCUUCGUAAAGAAAAAUGCCUCCUUGCCAAAAGAGUUUUUAACCCUACCUACGUGCAGCACCCUCCCUCGUUCUUCUAACCACAGGUUGCUCUUUGUCCUUGGCCUCAAAGUCAAUCUGUAAACAACAGAGGACAGAAUUUAUAGUUCCGCGGUAGUGUCACAAGUGUCAGGCUGUCAUAUCGGCAACGUUUCUCUAUUUUUGUCAGAUUACUCACUCUGCUGGAACAAAAUAUAUCCAUCACGCUAAUUUUAUAUGGCGAGCUAUUUAUUGCCACAUGUCUAGUGACACAGCAUAAUUUAGAGUAACAAUGUACCAUAUUUCCAAACAAAACACCACGUACAAUGUUCUGAAAAGAGAAGCAAAAGAGAGAGAGAAAUCAAAUUGAAAUGUUUUUGAAGCGGUCGAGGACAGACACACACUGCAGGGUUGAGGAUGGGCAGGCUGUUGUAUGAAACGCAGAAAAUAUCUAUUUCACUACUGCCCCAUUUGGGAUUAGUUUUAUAUAAACCAAGUAAUCCCAAUGUCCUUAAUUCCAGAUGAAGGCUAAUUUUGGAAUGCCAACUAAGAUAUAGCUAUGCCAUUUAUUAUCAAUUGCAAACUCAAUUCCUGUGGUGAUGUGUUGGCUCCAGGUUGUUGUUGGGGUUUUGUGGGGGGGGGGUUCCUUCGCCCCCUCCCCUCUGCAUUGCAAUUAUCUGGUUGCUUUUUCUCUGCUUGUGGAGGAAAAAGGCAGACAAAUCAGCUGGCUGUGGCAGCUUUUGUUCCUGUUGCUCAUUCCUGUUUCUUGCUGAUGCUCUCCUCCUGGGCCAGAGGACCAAAGCAGGGUGUGUGGUUGGCAAAAGCAGAGCAAAAGCGGGGGCAAGGGGCUCCGGGGGUCAGCACAAGUGUGGGCCUCAGCAAGUGCCCGGCAGUGCCAGCCCCUGACGCCAGUCCUCUGGUUGUAUGUGAAGCAGUUCUAUGAAGCAUGUUUAGAGUGCUUUCCCCUGGCCGUAGAUCAUCUCCUCACUAUAGGUGUGCAUCUUUAUUUUUUAAAUGCUUGUGUUUCCUUUGAGCCAACAGGUGAAAAAAAAUGGUUUCAGGAUACAGAGAAGAGUGACUGAGGUAGUGAGCACCCAGCUCCCAUUAAAAUCAGUGGGAGUGUUUUCUGUUGUUCUGAGUCAGGAGUGGAUUAGUUGAAAUCUGCUUUGGGCUCAGGUUUUGCUGAUGAACUUUCAGCUUCAGCUACAGAAACCUCUUUUUGUGUUAGGCAGCUUAGUCUCAUCAGGGUUUGGGGGUGUUGCUGUUGUUUUACAUGGUGGGUUAAUUUUAUUUCUUUUAUUUUUCGGCCAUAGAUUUGAUCUUAGCACCACAUUGUACAACCAGGUUUACAGGAUUUCAGGGAUUAUGUAACUGUGCAAAGGGAUGCUCCUGACCUCCUACCGGAGCAAAUGCAUGCAAUUUGUUUACUUAAAAGGAACAGCAUAGACUUCAAUACUCUUUGUGUUUUGUUUGGAUUUUUUUUUUUAAAGCAUAUUGUACCUUUGUGUAUUGUGCUUUGACAUUUGUGAAUGCAAUCAGAUCGUUUCCCUUUUAUGUUUUGAAGGAUCUUGUUAAUGGGACUGGGGAGAAUCAAAAUGAUGUUCUUCCCCCCUUUUUAUAUGCAGACUCCCCACUGUUCCCUAUUUGUCUUUAGGUUUGCUGUGUUCUUUCAAAUAAGCACCCUAUAGCAGAGCCUUGAGAAGGACCGAGCCAACAACUAGGGAUAGAGUCUUCUCUUCCAAGCAGAGACCGAGAGAAACUGGUCCAGUUGUCUAUUUACAGUGCUAUUUACACCAAACCAUCUUUUCCUUACUCCCCAAAGCAACUUUUCAUGUUUGUUAAAAAUAAUGUGCUUUAAAAGGGGGGGGGGAGAAGAGUAUACAACUAUAUUCAAUGUAUGUGCAUGUGACACUUUUUAAAAAGGUGGAUCAUGCUCCUGGGGCAUCCUUCUCCAACCUGGUGACCUGCAGAUGCUUUAGACUACAACUCCCAUCAGUCCCAUCUGGCUUUACCAAUGGUUAAGGAUGAUGAAUGCUACAGUCCCACAAUAUCUGAAGGACCCCAUGUUGAGAAAGGCUGUCCUGGAGCGCAGUGGGGUGGGGCAAAGUAGACUACUGAAACACUGUUUGAUUUGCUGGCCAGGACAGCUGUCAAAUGCAUUGUGAUGGAGUUAGAGAAGUAGAGGUGGAAGUGGGAGGUGGGGAGAUGUAUCAAAACCUGUUGGUAGGAGCACAAUUGUUACAAGCUGAUCAACUUUAUCUGGUCUAUCAGGCGAACUGGCAUGAAUUCAUCUGGUGUUAUGGACAUUUCGAAGGCCUUUUCAUAAACAAACAGUUAUUAUCAUUGUUCUUGUUGUUAAUAAUAAUAAUAAUUAUAUCCCGCCCAUCUGGCUGGAUUUUCCCAGCAACUCUGGAUGGCUUCCAACAAAAGAUUAAAAAUACAGUCCAACAUCAGUCAUUAAAAACUUCCCUAAACAGGGCUGCCUUCAUAUGUCUUCUAAAAAUCAGAUACAGUGGUGCCCCGCAAGACGAAUGCCUCGCAAGACGAAAAACUCGCUAGACGAAAGAGUUUUCCGUUUUUUGAGUCGUUCCGCAAGACGAAUUUCCCUAUGGGCUUGCUUCGCAAGACAAAACGUCUUGCAAGUUCUUGCAUGUUUGUUUCCUUUUUCUUAAAGCCGCUAAGCCGUUAAUAGCCGCUAAGCCGCUAAUAGCCGUGCUUUGCAAGACGAAAAAACCGCAAGAUGAAGAGACUCGCGGAACGGAUUAAUUUCGUCUUGCGAGGUACCACUGUUGUUGUUUAUUUCUUUGACAUCUGAUGAGAGGGCAUUCCACAGGGAGGGCGCCACUACCGAGAAGGCCCUCUGCCUGCUUCCCUGUAACUUCGCUUCUUUCAGCCAGGGAACCACCAGAAGGCCCUCGACGCUGGACCUCAGUGUCCGGGCAGAACGAUGGGGGUGGAGACGCUCCUUCAGGUAUACUGGACCGAGGCCGUUUAUUAAUUAAAUUUAUGUACUACUCAUCAUCCAAAGAUCUCAAGGUGGUUCACAACACAGUAGUACAGGAUAAAAGCACAAAAUAGAUAGUUAAGCUAAAACAAAACGUACAUAAGCAUACCCUUGGAAUUGUUAUUGCUAUAGGGGCAUAUAUAUGAAAAAGCAUUAUGUCAGAAAUGGAGUCAUCUGCAUGAAUUUUUCAGGAAGUGCUGGCCAGCAGGAGGAAACAGGGAUAGGGUAGGUACCUUUUUACGGGCCAGGAACUCAGUAGCUGCAACACAGCUGCAUAGUGUGCAGAGACACAGGUGAUUGUAGGGAUGGUGGCUGGAGUUCAGUAGACCUGGUGGGAUUACUAAGAGGGCACAUGAGCAUGGCCAAUGAGAGGACCUAGGGGUGUGGCAAAGUUCUGGUUCCCACCACCCUCUGCUGUUCCCUUGCAAAGAUGCUAUGGACACUUAAGCAUCACUGUUUUACAAAUAGUUAGCCUCUAACUAAACUGAAAUAAAUAUCUUAGUUUGUUUCCCAAGGGGUCCUUGCUGUCACAAAUGUUUCUCCACUGGGAUAAUGGUUGUGUUCUUUUUGACCUGUUCUUGUUCUCUCCCUGCCCUCCUGCUUUGCAAAGAAACAGCGGACACUUAAACAUUGCAGUUAUAUUAGCACCUCCCGGUAAGUGUCUCUCUUGGGUCCGAAGGGGUCUCUGUUGCCAUAAUUUCUAGUGUGGAUUCAUACCACAAUAACUGCACAGUAUAUUGUACAUAAAGGAACCCUACAGGACUGUUAACAAGGUAUCCCAUAUAGAUUUUUAAUUUAUAUUUAUAUAUUUUUGAAAAAUAAACAAUAAUUCAACAACAAUUCAAAUUUAGCAGUCAAUCAGUCAGCCUAGGACUCGCCUUCAGCCACCAAAGGAAGCAUUUUAAAGCAAUAUCAGGGAGGCAAACAAUAUCUUUAACUCAUCAGUUUUAAGUAACUAGCAACCGUAAGUGCAUAUAUAAAUUCUGCUUCUGUUUGCUACAGAAACAUAUUUAUGGGGUUACCAACUUCUGAUAAAAAUACACAUUUGUAGUCUUCAUACAUUUAUACGAAGGAUUUUUAUCCCAUUCUUCAGCUGAAAAAGACUCCCAGAGUAGCUUAACGUGAACAGUAACAAGAUAGUCCUUGCCCUCAGGCUUACAAUCUAAAAGUCACAACACAAAAGGAAAGGGAAUUUUAUUUGGGGGGGGGGGGAAUGGCCUUUGCAAAAUAUAUUUUGUGAAAUUGUUAGGGAAGCAAUGUUUAAUCAAUUCACCAAUUUGAUUUAUCAGUUAAAAUUAUUAAUUCACUAAAAUGGGAGCCCCUAUUAAUGACAGGUUUUUAAAUACAUGGUUUUUAAUACCAAUUCUUACAGGUACUGCAGGAGGCAAAUGCCAUUUUAAAAGAGAUACUGAUUGAUUGAUUGAUUGAUUGAUUGAUUGACUGACUGAAAGAGAACAUGACCACAUUAUGUAACGCAAAGGAACAUAUAAUUAUUGCUUCAGAAGCAUUGUUAUUAUCCAUACGCAAGCUUACGAAACCAAUGAUUGAUUUAAAUCCAUAUGAUUAAAGACAUUUUAACCAAUUAAUCAGGUUACAACCCUAUAAACUGAGUCACUGUGCUGUGGUCUAAUAUUGGUAGAUGCAGGCUCAAAUCUCUACUCAGCCAUGAACCUUACUAGGUAAUCUUUGGCCAUUCUGCCUAUCCUAUCUCAUAUGGUUGUUGUGAGGAUAAAAAAGAGAAGGGGUGGAACCAUGAUUUCUCCCUCAGCUCCUUGAAGGAAAGGUGGGAUAUAAAAUGUAGUAAAUAAAAUGGGUGAUGUCACAAUACUUUGUGCGAUGUUAUAGUCUGAUUGCAUUCUCAAUUUUCUGUCUCCCUUGGACACUCAACCUCCAAGCUGAGCACUUAGAAGAUAAAAUAUUGCUCUCCUCUUCCCAUUCAGCACAGAAGUGGCAGAUUAUCCUUACAACUGAGACGUGUAUUUUCCUUGUUUGAAACAAAGGGAUAGCACCAUGUGGACCUUAUUUUUCUUUACACUGGAAUGAAAAACAAUCUUAGGGAAAGAAUGAAGAGAUUCCUACAAAAGCAAACCUCAUCUAGCCUAAGAAAUAUGUGGAGUAAAUAAAGUUGGUGGAGAGAUGAGAUUUUGUAAGAUUACUAAUGCCCUUACUUAUCCUUUGGCUCAUGCCCGGUUCAUGCCUACUGCUAGUAGCAGAUGACUCAUUCCUGUAGCAAGACCCUGCACUGCUGCGGUAAAUAUCUGAAUACAGGUGCUACACAGAUAGGGCCAGGAAAUAAUCAGAAGAAAAGAACAUGUUUCACUCCCAUAGUUCCUGCAUCCAGCCUGUGGGAUCUUGCCAUGGAGAAGCACCACAUAUAAUCACACGCUCCAGUCUGAUCUCAGUUUCUGUGAAUCAAUCCCCACUUCUUUUGCCGAUGUAUAUUUUACAAAUGCACAUUUUAGAGAUAAUUUAGCAUGAAUUAGAUAACAGCUUUAAGCAUCAUUUUGCUAAGGCAAUGUGAGGGUUUUUUUUUAUUUUAAAAAAAACAACCAGUUAUGCAAAUGUCGGUGUGAGUUGACUAAUGUAUUUGCCAGACUCUCGAGGCUCGCAGCUGUCAUUUUAAAGAAAGAUGCUCCUUAGGUAAACUUUCCUAGUGCCAGGGGCAACAUUAGCACCUGUCAUUUGUGGGCAUAUGUGAGAGCCUACUAUUGAUGUCUGCCUUGGGACACCCUUUGAAGAAUAUCUGGUCCCCAAAGGGUUCUUGUAACCCACUCAGGGAGUCCAUGGCACCAUUCACAUAAAAAAAACAAACUACCAUAGAUAUACCAAAAGUUUAAAAAGUGGGGGGUUCACAGCUUGGCUUUUGAAAAACAGUACUUAGCUCAUUGGGAACCCCCACUGUUAAAAGUCCCUAAGGUUUGGGGCGCUGUGGAACAUUUAAGAAGUGGCUAGAGCCAGCUGCCCAUUGCUGCUUAGUGCACUGCCACUGCAGCCAGAGAAGCCCACCAAUGCCCAGUGGCAGGAAGAGGCCCAGAGGACACUUUGCCCAAGGCCCUCUCAAACCUGGAAGUGGCCCUGUCUGCUUGCAAGACUGGACAGCAGGUCUUUCUUUCUUUUUUUAAAAAAAAUGAUAUUUAUUACUUUUUUAACAUUUCCAACACAAACAAAAAAAAAGGAAAAAAGACAAAAAAGAAAAAACAAUGCAAAUACAAUACAAAAACGCUACAUGAACUAAAAAAGCAAAUAAAAACAAGCAAAAACAUUUUAAAAUCACCUCAAACAUUUUCAAUAUCUUAUAUUUCAUUCACUUAUUUCCAGCGACCUCCUCCCACCUCCCUUUUUGUAUUCCACUUCUAUUAUUUGUUUCAGCAAUUCCUUUCCAUCUUACUCUGUUUUCUGUUCUAUAAUUAUCUUAACACAUUCUUGCCAUACUUUUCCUUUAAUUUUCUAUUAAUCUAUUUAUACCUAAUUCCUUAUAACAUUUCUAACAUUCCUUAAUUUUGCAAUAUCUCUAUAAAUAGUCUUUAAACUUUUUUCCAAUCUUCUUCCACCGACUCUUCACCCUGGUCUCGGAUCUUGCCUGUCAUUUCCACCAAUUCCAUAUAGUCCAUCAAUUUCAUCUGCCAUUGUCCAACGCUUCAAUGUUUUCAAAAAGCAACCAUUCUCUCAACCAGCAAAAAGCAGAUGGUUCACAGCAAAAUUUAAAGGUCUAGCAGGGCAGGUCCUCCUCCUUCUUUGGCAUCCAUCAAUAUCUUAAGUUUUACUCGAGGCUUCCUGCCCUGCCAAACAACUCUAGGAGCAUCCCUCUGCCACCUCUUAAAACCCUCCAUCCCAUCCAAAGCUUGCAGUGUUUGAAAUAAAAGCAACAUCCCCAACAACACAGCAGCCCUCAUCCCCACAAUAACUCGGCCCAACAGUGACAACUUCUGAUUUGUCCAUAUUUCCAAAUCCCCCUUCUCUUCAAUCCAACAUCCUUCACAGUUAUCCUUAAGCAGAUUCACAUUUUUGGCAGUCAUAUCAACCCCCAAAUACCUCUCUUUCUCAACCAAUUUAGUAUCGCCUCCUGAAACUCUGUCAAGCUUUCCUUUUCCAAUUCAGAUAGGGCUCUGGUCCUCAAAUUCAUCCGUUCUUCUUUAAAUUCAAUCAUAACGAAUGUCACCUUAUGUUCGUCAGGUUGUCUUUGUAUGGAUGGGACUCUCCUCUCCAGUUGUAUUAUUUUAGAUUCAGCAGCAAGGGUUUUUCCCCUAACUUCAUCUGCAGUUUGCCAUAUCGAAGUAGAUUCCUGUGUCAGUUUCUGAGUGGUUUCUGAAUUAGUAUUCACCUUUUGUCCCAAGUUGUUUAAGCUUUCUACAGUUGAAUCAUUUUCAAUACUUGCAACAUCCAAUUUCACAUUUCUCGCAUCUAUUUUCUUGUGGAGUUGUUCCAGCAAAUCGUUUAUUUUCAAUAAUGCAGCCACUAAGGCCUCCUCUGUCGACAUCCCGUCUGUUUUUUCCUUUCCGUUUGCCAUAACACUUAAAAGAUUCAAGGUCAAUUCCAAAGUCUCACACUUUCUUAUCUUGCAGCUGGAAAAUCCCCUAGCCCAGCUCCUAUCAAGUAAAUUUCAAAAGCUUCCACUAGGGGAAAGCGAGUUGUAUUUGUAUCGGUCAGUAUGUCCUCUUUUAAACACAGUUUCAGUAAUCCAAAAUUAGUUUCAAUUUUCACUUACUUUCCUCCUUUUUUAAUAAAGUUCAGUAAGAUUGUUUCAAUUUUUCGUUACUUUACUCCUUUUUAAGUGCAGACGAAGACAAUGGAAAUAAUCUAUCUCUCUUAUGCUAGCUGUCACCGAACGUUCUAUUCGCUGUCAAUGAACCUUCCAAGGCACGUCGAUUUUACUGGCAGCCCGUUUCCAGGUUUGGAACGGUGGUAUUUUAACUUCCUCACUCACUCCUGCAGGAAUAUACAAUCCAAAGCCUCCCCCCUCUUCUCCUGCUUCCAAGGGGGGUUUAAUAUUUUUUACUGAUGAGAAUUUAGUCCUUUACAAUGGGCUUUCCAAGACUUUAGCUUGCAGCCUCUUUGCCUCAGUCUAAUUUCAAAAAGGGGAGGUGGACUUCCUGUUUUGAACCUCCCCCGUUUCGGUGCCAAAUUAAAACGUUUAAAAAUCCAAUUCUUCACUCUACUCACGGGUAGUUGCUUUAAGAUCAAAUUGUCCACAGGAAAAAGUCAGCGCUCUCUGGCAACAGCUAUGCGGCUUCGCUUCGUGGAAAAAGCAGUCGAUCCGAAGCACCGCGCCGCUCACCCCACAUCGCUCCGGAUCCCCGAAAUCGGGUUUCCCCGCGAGUAGGGGAGGCGCAAAAGGUGCCCGCCGGAUCCCACGUUCACAGGCUUCAACCACCUGUGAUUUUUAGUGGGUCUCCACCUUCGCCGUGGCGGCCAGACCCGAAUUUCCACGAGGCAAAUUCCUCCCGAUCAGAGGAAUUCCGCCAUUGCCGGUGGCGCCAACCCGGAAGUCCGACUGCAGGUCUUUCUCUCACUGCCCUGGAUUAAUUUAGUGCAGAAGUAGCCAAUGCGGUGCCCCCCCCCCAUGAUGCUGGACUACAACUCCCACAAAUGCUGGCUAUUGGUCAUGCUGGCUGAGGCUGAUGGAAGCUGGAGUCCAAAACAUCUGGAGGGGGCCACAUUGGGUAUCCCUGAUGUAGUUACUGUUAGUAUUUCACGCCUCCGAUGCUGCAGAUGAGUAAAUCACAUGCCUGUCUGGGAAAAGAAUGUGAGAACGGUAGACAGUCUUAUCUCUUCCGCUGUAUAUACUAUUGUACCGUACUUUUGCUUUUACUUGUGUUUGCUUUCCCUCUCGGAGCUGGAGAGAGAGGACGCCAUAAUUCCUUUGUCUGUACAGUCGUACUUUGGGUUAAGAACUUAAUUCGUUCUGGAGAUCCGUUCUUAACCUGAAACUGUUCUUAACCUGAGGUACCACUUUAGCUAAUGGGGCCUCCUGCUGCCACCGCGCAAUUUCUGUUCUCAUCCUGAAGCAAAGUUCUUAACCUGAGGUACUAUUUCUGGGUUAGCGGAGUCUGUAACCUGAAGCAUCUGUAACCUGAAGCUUCUGUAACCCGAGGUACCACUGUACUUAGUGUGUAAAUAAAUACGUAGAUUAGCUGUAUGAUGUCUCACGCUUCUUGCUGUGUUAUGCUAGAAGAUUAGUGUGCAUGUAUCAUUUGAUAUAUGUCGCUGAAGCGCACUGGAGAAGAAGGGAAGUGCCUUUUCCAGAGCUGCGCAUACCAGAGGACGCUCAGAGUAUGGGGCUGCAGGGGCACCCCCAGGGUGUUUUCCAACAGUUACUUUGACAGUAGUGUAUAUUGAGGAGACAGGGGCGGAGGCCCUACUCUAGGGCAGUUUGUCCAAGUUGGGAGCAGGCGGAAGUGUCAGGCUUGGAAAGCAACGCUGUUCCUCCCCUCUUUAUAUCCGACUAGGAACUCUGGGCUGAAAAGGUUUUUCUGUGAGGACUGGGACCAUUUUCAGAUUCUGAGCAAGGCUGCACAGUAAAGGCUUAUACAAAGUGAUGCAUUUCCCCCUCCCAAAUCUAUGUUAAUCUGUGCCAGUUAAUUAUCCUGGAGUGCACUUUCAAUCACUAACACCUAUCAGUGUCACCACUCCUGUGGAUGAAAGAUAAAUGAGAAGAAAUGAAUGAUAUAUAUUUAAUAGAUUCAAAUGUUUGGUGCAAAUUAUCUGGCCUAGGGUGAGUUCUGGUGGCCUUCAGUCUGUAACUAAGCUUGGAUGAUGAUGAUGAUGAUGAUCAUGAUCAUGAUCAUGAUCAUAAUUAUUAUUAUGAUUAUUACUCUCAUCUGUAACAGGGUUGGUCUGUAACCAGGAUACACCAAACCAUAUUUUGAUACUCCACAUGUUUGCAAGUCUUAAACCAUGAGGAUUGGUGUGUUUUUUUCCAUACACUGAAGCAGACCCCUCCUCAUUAGACACCUUCACAAAGCUUUCAUUAUUUCCAUCUACCUCACCCUGCUUUACCCUUAAAAUCCUCUGCAGUACAAACAUCAUUCUGUUCCUGCAUGCUGUCAUUGCUAGACGUCUCUGUAUUUUCUCCCUUGUAUUGUAUCAAUUAAGUAGCAGCUACUUGGAGAGAAUACUUUUACAGGAGCCACAUGAUAGUAGCAGAAUGGACGAGUUCUCAGAUCAUCUCUGCCUCAGCGGACGACACUUACAAUAGAGGCACAGGUGUGAUUAUAGUAGGACAGCAUCCCAUUCAACUUUAGCAGAGAGAGGGAGAUAACUAGGUCUAUUCCAUCCAUGUCAAAAUCCCAUUUUUAGAAAAAUUAAAAAUAGUUUACAGAGUUGCAAUCGUGCAUUAAUGCAUACGCUUUAUUACUCAUCGAAAUUCUAGUACUCCUGGGACAUCUAUAUGUAGAUUGCCCUCCUCUGAAAUGCAUUUGGUCUUUUCCUUCAAGGAGUGGAGCUGGAAUCACUCAUUCUGCCUCUGUCCACUAAAAUUAUAACAUUGGAAUGGAUCCACCUUCUGUGAAUUAUUUCAGACAGUGAUUAAUCUAACCUUCUUUCGUAUCAUUUGAGCUGUAUUUCCAGGUGAGUUCAGGAGUGGGGGGUGGAGAGCAAGCAAGUUGGGACACAAUGUUGUUGUUGUUUAGUCGUUUAAUCGUGUCUGACUCUUCGUGACUCCAUGGACCAGAGCAUGCCAGGCACUUCUGUCUUCCACUGCCUCCCGCAGUUUGGUCAAACUCAUGCUAGUAGCCUCAAGAACACUAUCCAACCAUCUCGUCCUCUGUCGUCCCCUUCUCCUUGUGCCUUCCAUCUUUCCCAAUAUCAGGGUCUUUUCCAGGGAGUCUUCUCUUCUCAUGAGGUGGCCAAAGUAUUGGAGCCUCAGCUUCAGGAUCUGUCCUUCCAGUGAGCACUCAGGGCUGAUUUCCUUAAGAAUGAAGAGGUUUGAUCUUCUUGCAGUCCAUGGGACUCUCAAGAGUCUCCUCCAGCACCAUAAUUCAAAAGCAUCAAUCCUUUGGCGAUCAGCCUUCUUUUUGGUCCAGCUUUCACUUCCAUACAUCACUACUGGGAAAACCAUACAUUUUACUAUACGCACCUUUGUUGGCAAGGUGAUGUCUCUGCUUUUUAAGAUGCUAUUUAGGUUUGUCAUUGCUUUUCUCCCAAGAAGCAGGCAUCUUUUAAUUUCGUGGCUGCUGUGUCGUGGGACACAAUAGAGACAUGUAAAAUUAAGCAUGAUGUGGAGAAAAUGAAUUGGACAGUUUUUUCCUCCUCUCCUAAUACUAGAACUCAGGGCCAUCCUAAGAAGCAGAAUGUUAAAAGAUUUGUAACAAGUGGAAGGAAGGAACGAUAAUGUUCACACUGCUAUGGGGUGUCAUAUAAAUGUAGCAAAUAAACAAAUUACAAACUUGCAACCGCUUGCACUCAUACUCUGUUAAGCUUAAUAAGCCUUGGAUUUGUUGAGGUGAAUGAGAGGGAGAAAUGGGCAAAACAGCUCUCUCACAAAAUAUAGAAGAGGUUUUGCAUAGCAGCAGAAACCAUUGCCUCACAUAGGGACAGAAUUUCUUCAAGGAUAACUAUUAUUUUCUUUAUUUUGAUCCCUUAACAUUUUUAAAACAAAAACAAAAUCUAAUAUAUAAUUGGGGGGAAAGGGGGAAAUUGCUCGGGGGCAGGAAGAAAACUGUGUGACAUCCUGACACCAGGCAAUGUUGUACAACCCUCAGUGCUGCAGUGUUUUAUUGAGAUUGCAGUGUUCUUGUGUCUAAAGUUAUUUAUACUGAGUGAGCUCCUAAAUUAUGAGCAAUGACUAAGCAAUGCCAGCCGUUUGGGGUGUUGUUGUUUUUAGCUCAGUUACAAGUUCCUCAUGGAUGUUAUUUUAUCAUUCAUUGAAUCUGCGCUUUCCAGUCUUCUUUUUUUUAAAAAAACAAUACUUUUUUGUUGACAACAAUUAUACGGAAUUAAAAAAAUAAUAAUCUUGAUCAGCCCAAGCUGCUCCGUGGCACCAUUUUCAAACCCCGCAUUCACAUUUAACAAUUCUGUGUUGAUUAAGUGUACACUAAUGCCGCCCCAAUUAAGCAUCUUCCACUGUCAUUAAACCAAAAAGUUUCCUGGGGAAUUCUUUUAAUAUACUGUGUCCAAAUGAAUUAGCAUGUAAUGUAGUAAUUCACUUUUAUAGCACCUUUCAUGUUUAAUAUCAGACAAAGAAAAGGGGCAUUGAAAUGAAUUCCUUGGAAAAUGAAUUAUUGAAACUGAAAUAAUGAGUGAAAAUUGAAUGGAGCUUUGCAGCUGUUCGCAAUGGGGAGGACUUGGGGGGGGGAGAAGUAGCUCCCCAGGUCUGAAAUCUACUGGGUUUUCCUAAUCAUAAUGAGUCAGCAGGUGUUGGCAAAUGCUAGCAAUAGGAGUUUUACUAUUUUGCCAUAAUAGGCUGUGUCAUACAGCUGCAAACACUUUCAGACAGAAGGGCAGCAAUUACUGGUACACCUAGUAUUGCUAAAUAACUAUUUUUCACCCAGACAGUUUGGGAAUUCAAGCUCUGUGUCCAGUCUUGUUCCAGCUGCUCAAAAUCCGGGAAUGGGUUGAGAACAGAGAAAAUAGGGUUAGGGCAGUGUUUUUCCUUCUCCACCCAGACCUUGUUGUGGGUUGACCUUAGGGAUAAGGGAGAAAUUCAGUUGUGUUUGCAUUUUGAUGGGAAACUACCCAAUUUGAACUUCUCGAUUCAAUACACAAAUGAAAACCCAGUUUUCCUUCAGAAUUCACACAUAACAUAAUUUUAUGCAUUGGGGAAAAUGUGUAUUAGAACAUACAUUUGCGAAAAUAAUAUGCAAAAAUUAAGGGAAAUUGUUUUCAACAAUGUGUAUAUUAUGGUGACCUCUGCCCCUUCACUGGUUUUUGUCCCAAACAUCCUUUUUUUAAAAGAAAAAAAGGAAGUGGCAGAUAGGCCUGCCUCUGGACUCCUGGCAAAGAGCAGGGGACAGGUUUACUUCAUAGCCAGUGAAAGUGGAAGCGGAUAAGACUUAUACCAAGUCAUUAACAUUUUUAACUCUAUUAAUAUAACAAAAUUUAUCUCAUUUUUUUAAAAAAGGUCUUUCACCAAACCACAUCUCUUAUUUGCUUAAAUUAGCAGUUCUAAGCUAUGGGAGUGUCAGUUUGGCUGGAUGGGCUUUUAAAAAAUUUGUGAAACAUAGCAAAUGCCAAAAAAACAACAGCAAGUGUUUUAAAUUUUAGGCUCCCUUUGAGCUUGAAGCCCAGGGCCAAAUGGUCCUUGAACCAAUGGCUUCAAGUUACGAAAGGAGAUUCCGACUAAGCAUCAGGAAAAACUUUCUGAAGUAAGAGCUGUUCAACAGUGGAAUGGUCUCCCUCAGGAGGUUGUGGACUCUCCUUCCUUGGAGGUUUCUAAACAGAGGUUGGGUGGUAAUCUGUCAUGGAUGUUCUAUCUGAUAUUCCUGCAUUGCUGGGGGGUUGAACUAUAUGGGCCUUGGGGUCCCUUCCAACUCUACAAUUGUAUGAUUCUAUGAACCCUCUCAAGCCCCAUUUCCUCUAAAGGCUAAUAGGUGGGAUGUCUGUAGUUUGUAGAUUGUCAGUGGAAAGGAGAUGUUCUGUAAUGGGAAUGCUACCUUUACAAACUACUCUACCACACAGGCUCUAAGAUCAACACACAAGGAUCAGACUUCUGCCAGCUAAUCACUCUUCAUCCCCAUCUAUGCAGUAUUGCAUUCUGAGAAUCAGUAUGCACAUUUAUUUUAUACAUACAUUUAUAUUUGUCUGUGUGCGUGUAUAUAUAUAAAAUAAGAAAAUUCCAUCCCACCAUUCUGUUGCUUCUUUACCACUCAGGGCAGCUAACAAUUAAAAUCAACAGUAAAAUACAAUAAUGUUCUAAAAAUACAGUAUAAAAAAACAGAGGCUAUGUAAUAUAAUCAAAGCAGAAACAGGUGCAGCAAAUAAAACAAAGGCUUCAGAUGAAAUUCUGGCUUUGCUAUCAAUUUGAGGGAACUUUUACUAAAAGCAGUACAAUAGAAUAGCACACAUCUAAAAUGGCUCAAAAUACAGCAGCAGUUAAGCAGUUUACAAUCGUCCCACUGUGUUCUGUUGGACUUACUCCCAGGUAAAUGUGCAUAGGAUGCCCCGGAGCAAUCCCAGGGCAAUGUUACUUGCUAACUUAUUGUUUACUUAGUAGUUCAAUUUGUUAACCACCCUUCAUUAGUAAGGAUCCAAGGGUGGUAUACAAAAGUAUAGGUUGUUGGAAUCUGUGUCUUGAGAGACAACAGAGUGCACUUCUGAGGUUGAAGUCAAACCACUGCGUUAGCAACACCGAAGUGACCUCCUAGGGCGCAAGCCUGGGCAGUGUGUAUGGCGGUCUUGGGCUGCCCAGAUGACAAGACCCCCAUCUCGGCCUCACUGAUGUGGUCCAAGGGAAAGCACAGCAAUAUGUUUGGCACCAGUUUGACUGCAAGAGUUGCCAGAAGCAAACUCUGCUCCAGAUUUGAGUAGGGCAGGUCUGUCCAACUGGUUGAUCAUGAUCUACUGGUUGAUCUCGGGAUUUCCCUGGUCUAUCCUGGUCAAUCGUGGGAUCCUGAUGCCCUGGAAAAUAGCUCAACAACUUUGGCUUCUCCUCCCCCCAAAAAGCUCAACAAGUUUUUUCCAGUCUCUUGGAAGUUGGACGUGCCUGGUGUAGGGUUUACUCCUGAGUCUUUUCUUCUCCUGAAGAUAUCCCACAAGGCAGUGGAGGUUUAGCAUCAGAUUUUUCCUUCUCCUAGAUGGGCUACCUUCCCAGGUUGAUGAGUCCCAUCUGCCCCUCAUUUCUCUCAUCUCUUGAGCAUUGGGCCCACUAUUGGUCUCAUUUGCUCAAUCCACCAGAGCCUAUCUUCACAUGCAAGGGCAAGUCUGUAAUUCACUGAGGGUUUGACACCCAUUGGCUAACCUCACCUGCUUUAGCUGGCCAGUCAAAGCUGUUCUCGGGAUGUGGCUGCUGUCGCAUGCUGACAGCUUCUGGGAGCCACAGGUGUAUAGUAUAUAUAGGUAAAAUGACUGUUGCAAUAAAACCAUUAAAACCGUUAAUACUUCAAACGCCACUUUAAUACUUGGAAAUAGGUAACAUAAUGUUAAACAGAUCUUACUUCCCAAUAAUGUUAAACAGAUCUUACUUCCCAGUAAUUGUUGUUAGGAUUGCAGCUGAAGAUGGCAAUUAUGUGCACACAUAGAAAAUGUCAAAUUAAGCUUAGUGGAACAUAAUCGUGAAUAAAUGUUCAUAAGAUUGUGUUGUAAAUGUAUUAUCAUGCAGUAGAAUUCAUUUAAACAUGAAUUUAAAUCAUAUUAAGAGAACACAGCCACUGUAAGCUAGCUCUCUCUUUUCUUUUGGAAAUUUAAAAAUCAGUUUCUUAUCUCCGCAAGUAGCCCAUUUCAAAGUCUGAAAGAAAAAGUGUAGCAAAAUUCAGAAAUGUUGCCAUCUUAAUGGGACUCGGGGAUUCAGCAUCAUAAAAACAAUGGAGAAAAAUGGGAUAGAAAACAAAGACACAUGUGGAAUGUCCCACACACUGAAGAUUUUAAAAUAUGCUGAAAUGAGAAUGGCAGCACAAAAUUGGGGGGGGGGGUGUCAGAUACUUCAUAAUAAACACAAUGUAUACUUCAUAGACUUACAAUUUAUAUCAAUAAACACAUUUAGGCAAACACAGCUUUAAAUGAGAUCAAAGAGUGUCAAAGAUCUUUAAAUAAAUACUUUAAAAAUGCCAUACUUCCAUAAAGUUAAUUUUCACAAUAGACCAUUUACCAAAGUCCACUUUUGCAUUAGCGGAACUUCCUUAACAUUUGAAAACGGCUGCUGUUAAGAAUCUUUGCACAGACUGGCUGCAGGAAUGACAGACACCUUAUACAAAGCAGCUGAGAGCUUUCUCAAUGCAUUCAAACUAUCAAAGCAAUUUAGCAACACAAGGCAGGUUCAAGAUCAAUAUGAUGGCCCAUGACCUUAGUACAUAUAUUGUCAACUUUAUUCCAAAACAAUGAAUUACAUCAUGUUCCCAGUAUAAGAAAUAGUAUGUUCCAACUUGCCUGUCAUCCCUCCAACUUCUGGGGUUAGAGAUUUGUUAUACCCUAUCUAGCACAGUACACAGGACUGGCCUCAGACAUUUUGCUGCUUGAGGCAAACGACAAGGUACCUUUCUCAUCAUCCCCAACCCCCAUCAUGCUUCCUUACAUGUACAGAAACUGACAGCUGAAUCUUAGUUCAAAAUUGGUGAUUUUGCAGCAUCCUCAAUUCCAACUGAGGGCUUCAGGCUAGUUUAUGAGACACAGAGCAGGCUGCAUGGCACACACAACAACCCAGGACUUCCUAUACCCCAUCAUCUGCCUGAGGCAGCUGCGUCAUCUGCCUAAUGGUAGGACCAGCCCUAGUAAUGCAACAAUACCUGCAAUUAAAAGGCAGAAUAUCAUCUCGUUAUUCCUUCUCCAAAUGCCUGUUCUGAUAAUUUCCCCAAUCUUUAGCUAGCCAAAAAAGAAGGAAGUGCAUCUGUCGGCAACAAGAUGAGUAUUUAGGGGAUGUUCAGAACACCCUUCAAAUGUGGAUCAGUACACUUAUUACAGUGGCCGUACAUCCUAUGUUACAGAAAACAGUCCUCUGUUUGAAGGCUGUCAGAGGACCAUCUUCUAUUUGAAGUCCCAUUAAAUGAUUAAAGAAAACCUAAGAAGGAAGCACAGGGACCUUGAAGUUACUUGUCAACAUUUGGCCUUGGAUAGCAGAAGGCAUACAGGUCACCUAGUCACAGCCUUCUCCACUAUAGUGAAAAGUAUUUUACUUCUAAUUAUGGUAAUUAUUUCUAAAUUUGCAUGUAGAUUAGCAUAUGCAAAUUUGUGUGUGAAGUGCAAGUAUCAAAAUGCAUUCCCAACCAAUCAAUAUGCACAUUGCUCUUUCUGAGGAUGUAAAAUUAUGUAAAGCAGUCACUUGCAACAAAUUUAGGGUGGUAGCCCAGCAGAGUCAUUGGAGACCAAUCAGAGGCAAUAUAUUUGUACCCAGUGAGUAGUAUGUUUCUAAUCCAAAUAUUAGAAUUGGCCGUCUCUAAUAACUUAUUUUAAAAAUUCCUUACAUCACUAUCUAACACAUAGCUCCCAGUAAUGUGUUCUGUUUAACAGGGAUGGAAAUGUUUGCAUACACACACACACAUACAUGCGUAUACACAUAUAGUGAUCAGUAUACUUGUUAUAAAGGUAAAGGUAAAGGUACCCCUGCCCAUACGGGCCAGUCUUGACAGACUCUAGGGUUGUGCGCUCAUCUCACUCUAGAGGCCGGGAGCCAGCGCUGUCCGCAGACACUUCCGGGUCACGUGGCCAGCAUGACGAAGCUGCUCUGGCGAACCUGCACCAGAGCAGCACACGGAAAUGCCAUUUACCUUCCCGCUAUAAAGCGGUACCUAUUUAUCUACUUGCACUUAAGGGUGCUUUCGAACUGCUAGGUGGGCAGGAGCUGGGACCAAACGACGGGAGCUCACCCCGCCGCGGGGAUUUGAACCGACAACCAUGCGAUCGGCAAGUCCUAGGCGCUGAGGUUUUACCCACAGUGCCACCCGCGUCCCUUGUAUACUUGUUAUACAUUUGAUAUAUUACAUCCCUUUUACUUAUAGUAGACAAACAACUUGCAAUUUGAAACAUGGUAUCUUAUCAGGGUUUUGAUGAGAAUAUUAUUAUUAUUAUUUGAAUUUAUAUACUGCCCUAUUCCUGGAGAUCUCAGGGCAGUUCACAGAAUAAAAUCAAAAUAUAAAAACCACAAAAUAUAUAAUCAAAAUAAAAACAACCCAAUAACACCCUCCCCCCCCCCCGGAAAAAAAACACAUUUUAAGAGGGCAUUGGAUGUCAAUCAAAUCAACCAAAGGCCUGAUUAAAAACAAAUGUUUUUGCCUGGCGCCUAAAGGUGUGUAAUGAAGGCGCCAAGUGAACUUCCUUGGGAAGAGCAUUCCACAGAUUGAGAGCCACUGCAGAAAAGGCCCGUCCUCGUGUUGCUACCCUCAGGACUACUCGAGGAGGAGGCACACAAAGAAGGGCCUCAGCAGAUGAUCUCAGGGCCCAGGUAGGUUCAUAUCUGAGUGUGUGAACAAAAGAGAGCAGCCAAAUGAGGCAUGCAGUGUUUCUUUAUGCCAGCCCCUGAUUGAGUUAUGGGAAAUGGUUUUGGGGGAUGAGAAUAAUACUUCAGUGCAUGUUUUCCAUUUUCAGCAGGUCCUUAUGAAUGCUGCAGUUAUUAAAACCUGCUGGCUUGGUUAGAUAAGAGGAGACAGACCGUUGAUGAAGCUGCUGUUGCUGCUGUUCUGCUUGCUGUAAUGCAGAGAUUAUCAGCUGAUAAAUAAUGUGUGUUGAUUUUUCUCUCCCUUGUAGUUGCACUCUGCUGUGACCAGGAUCCAAGUACAAAGACCUGGUUUCAAUUAUACAUUUGCCCAUAUCUGCAUCCUAAAUAAUGACAAGUCUUGCAUCGUGGAUGACAUUGUGCACGUCCUGAAGGAACUGAAGGCGGCUCGCUCGUCUAAUCAAACUAAUUUUGCUAUCACGUAUCCGAUCACACACUUAAAGGAUGGCAGGGAAGUGUACAAUGGGCACCAACUUGGGGGCAUCACUGUGCACAGCAAGGACCGGGUGAAGUCUGCCGAAGCUGUACAGCUCACCUACUAUUUGCAGGCAAUCAACUCCCUGAAUGACAUGGUGGCGGAGAAAUGGGAAUCCAACUUUUGCGACACGGUCAAACUGUUCCAGAAAUCCAACCAGAACGUCACGAUGUAUCCCCUAACUUCAUCAUCGCUUCAAGAAGACUUCCAAGAGACAAGUAGGGUGUCGGAACGCUACCUGAUGACAAGCCUGGUCCUCGUCGUAACCUUGGCUAUGCUCUGCUGUUCCAUGCAAGACUGUGUCCGCAGCAAGCCCUGGCUUGGCCUCCUUGGGUUGUUAACUGUGAGUUUGGCCACUCUCACUGCAGCUGGAAUCAUUAACCUGACUGGUGGGAAAUACAAUUCUACCUUCCUGGGGAUUCCCUUCAUUGUGUUAGGUAACUCUCUCAUAUCCUAUUAUUGCUGUGGGUAUGCCUGAACGUAUUAGUUUGUCCGAAGUAUUGCUCAGUUUGAAGUAAAGGAGAGAGGGCAAUGUGAAGGCCUAGCCCAGCUGGCUGAGGCUGAUGGGAGUUGUAGCUCAAAGCAGCACCAGGUUAGUGAAGGCUGGCUUAAGCCAUUUGGAUGGACCACAGUUUAUCUAAUCAGUAAUAAUUCAGAUUUGUGGCAGUUGACUUAUGCUUGCUUUGAAGCCAAUUAACUCCUAAGUGUGGCUCUUACUCAGCCAUUUCUACUUAAUAUCCUACUGCAUUCUGAACAUCAGUCCAUGUGAUACACUUGUAAUACUUAAAAUCUUUUUCUUUUAUACUUUACAUGGAAUGGAGCCUAAGCUCUUUCGUAACACAGUUUUUGUCUGCUGCUGUGGAAAACACAUGCAUCAUCACAGGGGGUUAUGCAAGAUAAAGAAAAAUCAAAUGCAUACUUCUCUGUAGAAAAUCUGGUUGGCUUUGGUACUUAGCUUUAUAAUAAAAACUUGCACAGCUCCUCUUACUGAAAUAAAAUAUCAGUUGCCUUGGUGAAUAAGAGCAGCAAUGUGGACCCCCCCACCUGUAUUUACAUAGCAUAUACAUUAUACUAUUAUUAUAGUUUUUACUAAGUAUACAUUGAUUAUUACCACUAGCUUUUAUUUUUAUCAGGAUGUGCCUAGGGAACAAUGAUAAUCAUGGUUUGAUUUUCAGUUUGAGAUCAUGGAUUUAUCUUGCACAUCACAUAACUGAAGGAUGCUCUGCUGAACUAGAGGUGUUUGCUUUCAAGCAAAGAAAAGAUGAAACUGCUUGCAUUCCUUAUGCUUCAGGCUUUGCAAACUAAUUCAGCUCUGAUCCUGGAACUGAUAGUUUUAUGCCUCCUUGGAGAUUUUGCUGCGGUGGCAGGAAUUGCCAUUCUUUUCUGAUUUGGACAAUGGAGAGCACUUUGACAUACUGGGAAUCUGUUAGGCAUGGUUCAAAGGUAUAUUCCUCUUGUGUCAGAUACGUUCUGCAAGCACAUCUGGUGGAUGAUGAAUGGCAUUAGCCAGUGGUAGCCAAUGUCAUGCCUUCCAGAGGUAGUUGGACUUUAGUUUCCAGCAUCCCCAGCCAGCAUAGCCAAUGGCCAGCGAUGACUGGAGUUGUAGUCAAAACAAAAUCUGGAGAUAUCACAUUGGCUGCCCUGCUAUAAGCAAUAACUUGUGUAGCUGAUUUCUAUAGCAAUGUGUAGUACAAGUUUCUGUCUGAAGCACACAUUUCAUGCAUAAGGGAAGCGUUAGAAAAAUUAUUUAGAUAAUUUACAUACCACUUAACAUUUAACCAUCUCUAAGACAUUGUAAAAGGUAAAGGUACCCCUGACCAUUAGGUCCAGUUGCGGACGACUCUGGGGUUGCACGCUCAUUUCGCUCUAUAGGCCGAGGGAGCCGGAGUUUGUCCACAGACAGCUUCUGGGUCAUGUGGCCAGCAUGACUAAGCCGCUUCUGGCAAACCAGAGCAGUGCACGGACAUGCCGUUUACCUUCCCGCCGGAGCGGUACCUAUUUAUCUACUUGCACUUGACGUGCUAGGUGGGCAGGAGCUGGGACCAAACAACGGGAGCUCACCCCUGUUGCGGGGAUUCGAACUGCUGACCUUCUGAAUGGCAAGCCCAAGCUCUGUGGUUUAGACCACAGCGCCACCUGCGUCCCUUAAGCCACUGUAGGAUACUACAAAUAAAAAACAGAAAAUUACUAAGACCAUUAUUUUAAAAAUCUGUCAGUUAAAAACAACGCAAUCAGCAGCUAAACAGGAUAACCCUCUUAAUUAUCAGGAACAAAGUCAGAGUAAAAUAUCCUCAUUAAUGAAAAGAUUCUGUAGGCUUGGUUUUCUCAGGAUCACUAGGAACAAAAGUUCACUAACCAGCAUUAAUCUAAAGCAGGCACGCCCAAACUCAGCCCUCCAGAUGUUUUGGGACUACAACUCCCAUUAUCCCUAGCUAACCUGACCAGUGGUCAGGGAUGAUGGCAAUUGUAGUCCCAAAACAUCUGGAGGACCGAGUUUGGGGAUGCCUGAUCUAAUUCUGCCAUCCACCAUGAGAGUGCUGGAACUCUUUUAUUGGUGUAGGCUCAGUGUUUGACAGCAAACAAUUUAAAUAUAUAUGUUUACAAAUUAACACAUGCAAAUUACAUCUCCACUCCUCAUUCCACCCUACUAGGAAGGUCGACAAUGGCUAUUCCUUUCAGGAGACCAAAAGAAGCAACUAAGAAGUGUUUUGAAAGACAGAGUCUGUAAAAAGAUGCUUUAGGUAGAGGAUUUCCUGGCUCAAGGCAGAGAGGAGAGUUGGAUUAGAUGACUUGCUGAAGUUCAUAUUUUUAAAAGAACCAAAGACCACUGCAGACCAUAGAUACUUCCUUGUUGACAACCAGGGCCAUCUUUAGCAUAUGCACUACCGGGAUGCAAAGAUCCGCCCAGCGCCCCCAAAUUUAGUUUAGCCGUUGGGGGGCGCAAACUCAAAGUUGUUGAGUUUUUAUUGGGAGGGGAAAUUGCCCACCUGUAACAACUACGCAGCGGGAAAAAACUGCUUUUGUUUCCUGACUCGGAGGAGUAACAGAGUGAUGGAGCGGGGGCGGGGACUUCCACUCCAUUGCUUUUCACUGCCACUGAUCGAGAGGGACCGGUAUGUAGUAGGUAUACAUUUGGCGCCCCCCAGAAUUUGGCGCCCGGGUGCACCGCACCCCUUGCACUCCCAGGUAAAGACGGCCCUAUUGACAACAUUACUUACUCAUGGAAUGCCCAACACACUGAUUUGAUAGAGGCUUGCCAGAUGAAAUUUAAUUUAUAAUGCUUAUUUGUGUUUUAGUAUAAGUGAUCUCAUAUUGCUUCAUCACAUCUUGUAGUUGUGUUAUACACCUUUCAGGUGUGUUUCCUGGUUUGUUUGUUUUAAUAUAUUCAGACUGAAUAUUAAGCGUGCACAUACUAUGCUUGAUCCCCUCUUACAUUUUUAACUGAAACGGUAUUACAGCUCCAUCCUUCACAGCAGUCAUAUGUGGACACAAGAUGCUUAGUGAACAACAAGAAAGUCCAAAUUGGAGGCAACAAUUGCUUUAUUCCAUUUUCAGAUUGUAUUCAAAAUGAAAGAUAAAUAUCAUACAGUCUGAAGGCAGCAAUCAUAGUCGGAAGACUAAUCAUGAUUUCCUUCACUUCCAUAAAUUGGACUCUAUGUGGUGUGACAAUACCUUGAUCAAAACAAAGUGGAUUGUGCAAAACAUAUAUCCUACCCCGCUCCCAAUAAUCCACAUUAGGGAAAAUAGAAAUAUUCACUGCAGGAAUGAAACCAACUCCAUCCAUAGAAUAUGCAGCAUAAAGUAAUUUUUGUAAUGGCAUCUGGAUUGAGAGAUCAAGACACCAGUCGCCCGAGGACAAAUUUUCAUAUUCUUAACUGACAGGCAGUGAAUAUACUGGGAUCCUCACUUUUUUAAUGGGUUGAAAUGAACUAUGGCAAGUCUUGCCAUUUUCAGCUUUUCAUUGUUCGACAGCAGAUACAACCACAUUUGUGUUCCCUCCAGGAAUGCAUUUCAAGCAAGCAAUUUAACUCUAAAUAAUUGUCAGAGCAAAAUUGCCCAGUUCAUUUGAAUCCUUCCACUGCUUUGCAUGGCUUAAUAAAAACUGACAAAAGCUAGACAGCAGAGUGAAGGACCAAUGCAGAGCAGGGUCUAAAGAAUCUUUAAUGAGAAUUAGUUCAGCCAGGGAGACUGCUUUAUCUUGGGCAAAAUAUAAUGUUCAGUACUAGUAUCAAGAAAUUACAUAUUUACUAGGACAAAAAAAUCAGGGUGUUUUAUUUUAAAUCAAUACGAAAAACACAACCCUCCUCACCCUUCAUACCCUUAUGUCAAACAGCCCUUGUGUGGUUUUUUCCUUAGUUUUCUACUUGCCUUCCUACACUUUCAGUUCCCUAGCUCUGGUUUCCUAAUUCCUGCCUUCUAAUUCACUCUAGUCACACACACACACACACACACACACACACACACACUUUUAUUUGCAUAUAACAUACAACAAUAAACCAACAAUGCAAACACUCAUCUCAAGUCUGAAACAUUAAAAUGAGUGGCAUGGGUUCUACAGUCCAGUCAGGAAGACCACCUGCAAUCAAAGGGUUAAAAAAGAAGUAGGACAACAGCAGUGAUGGGGGGCAGGGGGAGAAGAGCUGAGCAACCAGUGCAGCUGGGGAAGAAGGGAAUGUGGGGUGGCCAAGGCAGUGGGGAGCAAAGGAGGAACUUGCAGGCAGCAUCCCAUUAUUAGCCUGUUUUAUAAACCAGGGUUUUCCAACUUCCAAGAGACUGCGAUCUACAACCACUUUGGGAAGUCAUAGUUGUUGAGUUUUUAUGGGGGGGGGAAGCCAAAGUUGGGGAGCUUUUGGGGGAGGGGGGAGGAUCCUGCAAUCAACCAGGAUCCACCAGGGGCAUUGACCAGUAGACCUGUGACCUGUUGGACAGCCCUGUUAUAAACCAAUAUAACUCAGUGGUAGCCAUUUCCCUCCAUUUGCUGUUUCUGUGAAGCUGAGAAGUGACACAGGCAAUUAUUACAUAAAGGCAAAGGUACACCUGACCGUUAAGUCCAGUCACGGACGACUCUGGGGUUGCGGCGCUCAUCUCGCUUUACUGGCCGAGGGAGCCGGAGUUUGUCCACAGACAGCUUCCGGGUCAUGUGGCCAGCUUGACUAAGGCGCUUCUGGCGAACCAGAGCAGUGCAUGGAAACGCCAUUUACCUUCCUGCCAGAGCGGUACCUAUUUAUCUACUUGCACUUUGACGUGCUUUCGAACUGCUAGGUUGGCAGUAGCUGGGACCAAACAACAGGAGCUCACCCCGUCGUGAGGAUUCAAACUGCCGACCUUCUGAUCGGCAAGCCCUAGGCUCUGUGGUUUAGACCACAGCGCCACCCACGUCCCAGGCAAUUAUUACAUGGUGCUAUUUGAGAUCCUAGGAAGUAGAUAUAAUAAGACCAUGGUGGGGAGGUGGGUAUUCUAGCUGCUUGAUCACUUCUGAAAUGGAUACAGGAGACACCUGGGUGUUUUUUCAUAGAUAUAUAUUAGUUCUUUACCCCUUCUCUCCUCUCGUUGGCAUGCAACCUGAAGUGCCAAGUGUGCUCAAACAGUCUGAGCACUGCAUUCAGAGGUGCUGUUUACGCCUCCACUGCCCGUGUGGGCCCAAGUACUUCCUGCUAAAUUCAUAGGAUCAAUGAAACAUAGAGUUGGAAAGGACCACGAGGAUCAUCUAGUCCAACCUCCUGCAAUGCAGGAAUCGUUUGCCCAAUGUGGGGCUCAAACCCACGGCUCUGAGAUUAUGAGUCUCAGACUCUACCAUAUCAAUGUAUGCCCACUUCAAGAGCAUCACAAAUGUAAAUCAUUGUGAAUGCACAAUGCAAAGGUCACCUGAUGGGCAACUUGAACUACAGGCUUGUGAGAAUAUUUGGCAUGGCAACUGAGCAUACUAUAACAUAAGUGCUCUUCCCAUUCACUUUUAUCAAUCACAGUAGAUUUUCAUUAAAACCAAUGGUUGUUAUCCCAUUCCUUGGCUUUAUGGUUUUCCACAGUCAAAGGCACAGUCAGCCUUCACAUAAACUUAUAUUUAGCCACUUAUUUGGAAGUGUGGUACAAAUUAAACUGGAUCAUUUAAAAUAUUUUGCCACAAAUGUUUUGAAUUUUCAAGUUUGAAGUUUGAGAUUGUCUUCCGCACCCCAGUCUGUGAGCUAUAUCUAAUUUCCUUUCAUAUUUUUUUAAAAGAUAUGUUUCUCUUAACCACUCCCCUGUCAAUUAUUUCCUUUCUUUAUUCUUUCAUAUUUGUUUCCCUGGCCAUUUUUCAAAAUCUAUGCUUUACUUUGCAUGUUCUUUCCUCAAAUGCCUCCUCAUCCUCAAAGGCCUCCUUUCCUAAAGAUAUGGCUCCCUCAACCCCACUUUUUCCUUCUGUACCCUUCUCAUAUUUAUUUAUUAAACAUUAUAAAUCAAUAUUCCUCCAAAAAUGGAUUUCAGUGUGGUAUACUAUGAAACUGUAGAAGCAUUGCAAGACAGACUGGCAAUAAAAUCAAGUUUAAGAGGAAUAAAGUCAAUUGAAUGGUGGAAAAUCUAAUAAUCUAAAAUGCCUAGGCAAAUAAAAAUGUUUUAAACUGGCACCAACAAGAAUACAGGCCACAUCCGCAGCACACCUUUCAAACACUUUUAUUCUACUUGAGGAGUCAUGGCUCUCUUCACUCUAUCUUCUGCCAUAUUGCCCCUUUUUGAGCAUCAAUACAGCAUUCAUUAUCUGCUUCUUUAGCUUCUCUUAUCUUACGCAUGCCAUUCAUUCUUUUUUCUUUUCUUUUCUUUUCUUUUGUAAAUAUAGCAGGGUGGGAAAGAAAGAAAAAACCAUCAGCUGACAUUAACAAAAUAAAAUUAUUCUAUGGAUCCUGACUUAAAUGUGUUAAGUGAAUAGAAUUCCCAUCUAUUGCUAAGGUUAUUUUCUACCUUCCCAGCCUCUUUACCAGAGUCCAUUUGCUCAUGAGGUGUAGCCUAGCCUCUUUCCCCAUCCUGCCUUUUCUGCCUCCUGAGCUUGCCCUGUCAUUGUUCACAAUCAGUGCUCUUCUCCUGUCAGCUUUCUUGUUAAUGUCACAGACCACUCCUGGGGAGAUAAGCAUGCUUACCUUUUAACCUGACAAGGCCCAAAGUGAGUGGCAUAAAAUUAUUCAGAGAGAGAUGGAAAAUGCUGCACGAUUCCUUCCCUCGCUUCAAGUUGCUCUGCCCUCCAGACUAUUGUUUGCAGUGGGGGGUGUGGCAGGGAUCACCACUGUACCUUAAAACAUCUGGAACCACCACCUGUUUCUUUCUUAUGUUCAAAGUUUGAAAACUCCCAUGCUUUCUCAAUGGGCAAGGUUCUCCUCUAGCUCCUUUCGGUUAUUCUGAAACCGAAACAUUGAUUUGAGCGCACCAGAAUCAAUUGCAUUUGGCAGUUAAGGUGCCCACUUUAACCUCCAUGUCACCUAAGCAGGUAUGUGACACAGUGUUGUAUAUCACAGUAUAGCUUUCAUGCAGCCAUGGUCUCUCAGCCUCAAUCGUUUUCCUCUGCAUCAUCAUCAUCCCUCCCUCCAUUUCAUGCAGGGGACGCGGGUGGCGCUGUGGUCUAAACCACUGAGCCUAUUGGGCUUGCCGAUCAGAAGGUUGGCGGUUUGAAUCCACCCAAAGGGGUGAGCUCCCAUUGCUCUGUCCCAGCUCCUGCCAACCUAGCAGUUCAAAAGCAUACCAGUGCAAGUAGAUAAAUAGGUACCGCUGUGGUGGGAAGGUAAACAGUGUCUCUGUGCACUCUGGCUUCCGUCACGGUGUUCUGUUGUGCCAGAAGCGGUUUAGUCAUGCUGGCUGCAUGACUCGGAAAGCUAUCUGUGGACAAAUGCCUGCUCCCUCAGCCUGAAGCGAGAUGAGCACCACAACCCCAUAGUCACCUUUGACUGGACUUAACCAUCCAGAGGUCCUUUACCUUUACAUUUACCAUUUCAUGCACACAAACUGGCAGCCUCCCUCACAUAAGCACAUGUACAUGCAGGACCUCUUCUAAUACACAUGUGGUACAUUGGUCAGAGUGUUGGACUAGGGCCUGGAAGAUCAGAGUUCAAAUCCCCACUCAGCCAUGAAGCUCACUGGCUGACCUUGGGCCAGUCACAGUCUCUUUGCCUAAUGUACUUCACAGGGUUCUUUGGGAGAUCGAAUGAGUGGAGCAGUGGUUUUCAACCAGUGUGCCUUGGCACCUAGGGUGCCUGGAAUGAUGAUCAGGGAUGCCAUGGGCAACAUUUGCAUCUGUCCCUCUUUCCUUCCCACCCUCCUCUGAUGUCCUCUCGUGUCUCUGCCUCCAAAUGGCUGGUACAGCUCUUUACUGCAGCAGCCCUGGCUGUAAGCUCUGCAGGUGAAUGGUGCCUCUUUGGGGUGGGGGUGGGCAGCUCAGACACCAGCAGCAGCUGCCCAGAGGACUCCCAAGGAGAAGGGAGAGAAGAGAGGAGGCUGAGGGAACACUCCACAAGGGAGUGUGUUUGAAAAAGGGUGAGAGGCUGCCAGCUCCACAGACAAGGGGUGACAUAACUGGGCUCCUGAGCCCCGCAGGGUUGCCACAGAAAGAAUGUAGCUGGUCAAGGGAACCAUGGACUACUGGAGUAGGGGGAGACUCAUGUGUGCCAUCUUGAGGUCCUUAGAGAAAAGGGUGGGAUAUAAAUGCAAUAAUAACAACCGAGACAGAUUCUUCUUUCUCUCCCUGUCUCGUACCCAUGCACACAUCUGCUCACUACAAACGUUAAGGCCUGAAAAGAAAGGGGAGUAAGAACGCCUUUCCCCCUCCUCCAGUUGCUUCAGAAUAAGUAGGAUUUUUAUAGAUCUGCUCCUCUCACACACCCACAGAGGCAAUAGUUCUCUCCUUUUUUAAAAAAAUAAUAAUAUUUAUUAGUAGUUUUCAGAAUUAUAAGAAGAAAAAACAUUAAAAAACAACACUAUAAUAGACAAAAAAAAAGAAAAAACACAAAAACCAAUACAACAAUACAACAAAAAAAUAAAAAGAAAAAAGAAAACAACACAAAUCCCAGAUUACAUAUCUAAAACUUCCAUUUGCUUGUUUCAUUGACUUCCUCACACCUCCCUUUUUGUAUUCUAGUUUAAUUAGUUAUUUCAGCAAAUUCUUUCCAUCUUUCUCAAUUUUUGUUAAAAAAUUUAUCCUAACCUAAUUUAAUCUAAUAAUUAACUCAACCAAUCCUUUCCAUCUUUCCCCAUAUUCUAUUAUUCACAUUACCUUAAUUAAUUUAACCUUAUCUUACCCUAAAACACCUUAAAGCUUGAAUCCUAGUUAUCAAAUAUACAUUACUCCUGAUAUCAUUUCUGCUAAAGUCAUAUAGUUUCAUUCCAACAUUUUCCCUAAUAUUCAUUAAUUUUUAGCCAAUUCCCCAAAUAGAAAAUUUUCUUUAUAAAUUUUCUUCCAAUCUUCAUCCAACGUCCCUUCUUCCUGGUCUCGGAUCGUGUCAGUUCUUACUGUCCGUUUCAUCUAGUCCAUCAACCUGGAAGCCUUAUGUCCGAGGCCCUCUCUUCCAUGUCCCUUCUGCAAUUCUUCUUCUUCUUGUUUAUACUUGCCCUUUUCCUUGUCUUUUGUUGGUCUCUUUCUUAGUUUCUUUCCUUUCUCAUUGAGGGGUAGGCCUCUGGGGUAUGCCAAGCCAAAAUUGUCUCCAUCUCCCUUCAUCAAACCCGCCCAUUCCCCACAGUCCCACUCCCCACAAUCCUCAAUAUAGUCCAAAAAGUAUUUAAAAGCAUAUUCCAAGGUCUCUCCAACGUUGGGAACCUCAUCAACUCCAGACGCCCCCUGGCCCACUCCAACUUCAAUCUUCAAUGACAGCAGCUCAUACUCCUGUAGGGCCUCGGGACUCUCCAUUUGUAUUAUUUGGGGUGCAACCGCAUCCUCCUCCAUUAUCCUCUGCACUUGCCCAGUCAGUACAGAUUCAUGAGUUGGUCCCUGGAUAAUUUCUGUAUCAAUAUUCCCUGUUUGCCCACAGUUAUUAACUGCAACAGUCAAAUCCAUUUUCUCAUUCAUCAAGUCCAUCUUCUCAUGCAUCUGUUCCAGCAGGGCACUUGUCUUGCAUAAGGCAAGCACCCAUUCUUCUUUCCAGCUCAUCUUUAGUCAAGGUCAGAAAAGCCUGUUCCCACGGUCUUAAUCUCACAUCUGUUGAGCCCUCAAAUGUACUGCAGCAACAAUUUGACAAGCUCCCUCUAGAGGAGGCAAUUUCUAUUUGUAUCCCUUUUUUUAGGCAAGUCCAACAAAGGAAAAUUACUUUUGUUUUUCAGAUAUUUUUCAGAUAUUUUGUUUCUUUAAAAUGCAAAAGGCAACAUUGGAAUCAGCUUGUUUCUCUUCUUUAGCUAUCUGUCAAAAUAUUCCAUUAAUAGUCAAUGAACCUCUCCAACAAUUUCUGUCUCUGACACCCCGUUCCCAGGUUAGAGACGGUGGAAACUUAUCCUUCUUCACUCCCUCUCCUGCUAGGGUUGAACAAAGUUCCCCCCCCCCCUUUUCUCCUGCUUCCAAGGGGGUUUCAGUAAUUCCAAAUGAAGGAAAUUUAGACUUUUUUGACAGUUUUCCAGGCUUUAGUUUACAAAGUUUUUGCUUUAGUCUAUAUACAAAAAGCGAAAGGCAGACUUCCUGUUUUAAACCUUCCCGCUUCGUUACCGAAUUAAGAAAUUUCUUGAUCCAAUUUUCCGUUUCUACUCACGGGUACUUGUUUUAAAUCCAAUUGUCCACAGGAAAAAGUCAGCGCUCUCCGGCAAUGGCUGUGCAGCUUCACUCCGUGAAAGUAGCAGUCAGUUCGCAGCACCGCGCUUCUCACCCCACUUCGCUCCGGAGCCCCUAAAUGGGAUUCCCUGCGAGUAGGGGGGUGCGCCUGGUGCUCUGCCGAACCCCACGUUCCCAGGCUUCCUCCGCCUGGGAUUUCUAGCGGGUCCCCACCUUCGCCGCGGCGGGAAGACCCAGUUUCCACGGAGUCCGUUCCUCCGAACGGAGGAACUCCGCCAUUCACCGAUGGCGCUGACCCGGAAGUCCGGCAAUAGUUCUCUCCUGCUUCUCUCACAUAGCACUCAUAUCGCCCCACCUUUCACGCAUGUGCAAGCACCUUACACAUGUACAGUGUAUGAGCAGCAGCAUCUCUGGUUAAGUCCAGUCAAAGGCGACACAUUAAUGCACAACUACACAAAACAGGCAUGCAGUAGCAUGUCUCUCUCAUUCAUAGACACACAUACGCACAAGAGAUGCUGCCUGCUCCAUCUAACAAUAGUCUCUGGCCUUCUAGGGAGGAGCCUUGUUUAAAUCUUCAAAAUGGAAAUGUUUCCAGAUGACCUGUUUAUUGAGCAUUCAUUCUUUGAUUGUAGGGAGGUUAGGUGACGUUGCAUCAAUGCAAGUGUUCUCCUGCACUUUUGGGUGCAUUUCCCCGUCACUUUCCUUAUUAUAGAAAGUCUUAAAUUUGAGGGAAGAAGGUUUGUUGCACAAAACCUUCCAAGCAACUUAUAACCAGGGUUUUUGUUCAGCUGGAACGCACAGGAACUCAGUUCCAGCACCUCUCAGGUGGGUGCCACUGCCAUUCUCAGAGAACUGGGGAAGCAUUCAUGGUGAGUUCUGGCACCUCUUUUUCUAGAAAAAUAGCACUGCCUAGAACCAUGUGGCGCUGUGGUCUAAACCACAGAGCCUAGGGCUGGCUGAUCAGAAGGUGGGCAGUUCAAAUCCCCUCGACGGGGUGAGCUCCCAUUGCUCGAUCCCUGCUCCUGCCAACCUAGCAGUUCGACAGCACAUCAAAGUGCAAGUAGAUAAAUAGGCGGGAAGGUAAAUGGCGUUUCCGUGUGCUGCUCUGGUUUCACCAGAAGCAGCUUAGUCAUGCGGCCACAUAACCUGGAAGCUGUAUGCCAGCUCCCUUGGCCAAUAAAGCGAGAUGAGCGCCGCAACCCCAGAGUCGUCCGCGACUGGACUUAAUGGUCAGGGGUCCCUUUGCCUUUACCUUUACGUAAUAAUUGCCUGUGUCACCUCUCAGCUUCACAGAAACCCUAACCCUUUACCUUUACCUUACAACCAUGUAACCUGAACUUGCUGCUAUGUUACUGGAACCCACCCCAAAAUAGUGACAGUCUGGAAGCUCCUGCAAGGUAAAUUUCAAGGUAAAUACUGCAAGGUAAAUUUCCAAAAGAAAACCUAUAAAGGGUAGGGUCAUGUCUCACAAAAGGCACCCUUGUUAAUAAAAACAAAAUAUAUAAACUAUAUUAAUGUGGCCAUUCUUCAUUUAGAUUUCUCAAUUAUUUGGCCAGAUUGUACCUCUUGCCAAAUAAAUUCUCAGAACCAAAUCUCAUAUGGAUACGACUAAUUGUCUUGCAUACAUGAUGAAAGUAUUUACAGGUUUUCUAAUAGUAAAACACAGAAAAAUGAAGAUGCUUUGCUGAUCCUGUGGCUCCAUAUUUUUGGUAGGCUUGCUCCCCCCUCUCUAUCACUGCCUUCAGAUAUACUAAGGCUUAAAUCAGCUGUCAUGUCAAUUUCACAUCUUGGAAUUUUGUGAAUAAGACAAUCUCUUCAUCUCUGUUGCUUGGAAAUGGGAUAUAACACUAGGAAGGGAUUACAGAGAGAUUGUGGUGUGUGCGUGUGUGUACACACACACACACACACACACACACACAUAUACACACACAUACACACUCACACCAAAAAAAUCCCUUUGGACUAAAGUUUGGAUAAGCCCUCAGUCAAUUAAAAUCUUAUUUCUGCUGUAAACUAAUUUAAUAUGAGUAGGACUAUUGGGAAUUGUAUGUGGGAUGUGUGUGUUUGCUGACUAAAAUUUAUUUAUAUUUCUAAUCUUCCUUCUUCCCAUGGCUCGGGGCACAUAGUAACUAUCUAAAAAUAUUCAGAAGUACAGCACACAACAAAAGACAAUGAAAGCAACAUAAAACAGGCAAGAAGAGCAAGGGUGGUCGAUCUGAUGCCCUCCAGAUUUUGCAGACUACAAAUCCCAUCACUCCUGACCAUUGAACAUGCCAGCUGGGGCUGAUGGUCACCCCUGAACUAAAGCGUCACCAUGUUCAUCUUGGACUAUCCAAGGCUACUCCCUAAAAGCGUGUAAGAAUGGCACUCAUUCACACAAGCUUAAGCGAAGUUAUAUGUGGCAAGCUGUGAAUGGAUUUGCUGCCUUUAAGGCAGCUGGAGCUGCUUCUUAGCAGGAGAUCAGAGCUGCAAUUCAAAAGCACUUCAGCAAGCACAGCUUUAGUGUUUAGCAUAGGAUAUUACACACACACACACACACACACACACACACACACACUUACACUGGCAGAUUCAGUGGUCUUGGAUCCAACAAAAGUAAUUACAAAUAUCUUGAAUACUUGUUGGAAUUCGGAUCAGAAUUCAAAUAUACUGGAAAACUAGAUAAUAGAUUUGUCACACUGGUUGCCUGAUAGCUUCAGCUGUCUCUUGGGUAGUCAUUAUUUAUGUAUGUAUUUGUAUUCACAAGUUCUGGGUUGUCUACACUCAAGUGCAUUAUUGGGGACCUGUUAUAACCCAUUAAGAAAACCAUGACUUUAUAGCUCAAGGUGGAAGAUGUACUGUCUUUAUACAUCUCCCAUUAGUUGGUUAGGCGGGAUAACAAACACAUAGAUAUUGUAGGGGAGGGGGGCACCAUUCACAAUAUUUGGUUUAGAUUAUGAUUCAGCAUUUUGAAAAACAGUCAUCUUCAGUCUGAGGCAUUUUGUAGCCUGUACAAUUCAGCUCAGGAUUCAUCCAAGUGUGCUUCAUUUGCUCCCUAUUCGGUAUUGGGAAAUUUUAAAAUGGCUAUACAGUGGUACCUCGGGUUACAUACGCUUCAGGUUACAUAUGCUUUAGGUUACAGACUCCGCUAACCCAUAAAUAUUACCUGGGGUUAAGAACUUUGCUUCAGGAUGAGAACAGAAAUUGUGCUCCGGCGGCGCGGCAGCAGCAGGAGGCCCCAUUAGCUAAAGUGGUGCUUCAGGUUAAGAACAGUUUCAGGUUAAGAACGGACCUCCGGGACGAAUUAAGUACUUAACCCGAGGUACCACUGUACUGUAGUUUCUUUUCCUUUUGAGAGGAAUGAAUGAAAUUUCCAGACAUACUAGCCCCUUCAGGAUGGCUAAAGCCUGACAAAUCAUAAGCAAAUGGCUCCAGGAGAUUUUGAGUUGGGCACACUAUGUUAAAAAAAGGGGGGGUUAAAAAGUUACACUUGUAACUUUUUUGUUUUUUGACAGAAUCCCCUCUGAGGGCAUUAAUACUUCCAAAACUGAGAGGGUUAGCUGUGGUUUUCUUGUAAGCAACCACCGCCUGCAGUCUUCAGAUGAAGGGCAGUAUACCAAUUUUAACAACAACAGCAGCAACAACAACAAUAAUAAUACUAAUAAUAGGGGGAGACUUCUAAGGGCAAGGGCAAAAUCAAACCUUCUGCCAGGAUUAUGAAAUGUGUCUUCCUUCCCAAGUACCACUCAUGUUGCCUAGCAACACACUAUUAUUUUCCACAUUCCAUGUUACUAUCCCAUUUUUCAUUCUUUAACUCAUGUAUCCGUACAUUAGGCAUUUUAUGAGCUACAUGCAUGGACUCAUACGCCUCUGCUUCAGUAAUCUAUCCCUGCCAUCUUUCUACAGUGUGGUGUAGUGGUUAAGAGCAGUAGUCUCGUAAUCUGGUGAACCGGAUUCGCGUCUCCACUCCUCCACAUGCAGCUGCUGGGUGACCUUGGGCUAGUCACACUUCUCUGAAGUCUCUCAGCCCCACUCACCUCACAGAGUGUUUGUUGUGGGGGAGGAAGGGAAAGGAGAAUGUUAGCCGCUUUGAGACUCGCUAGGGUAGUGAUAAAGCGAGAUAUCAAAUCCAAACUCUUCUACAUCCUCAUUAAUACAGCAACCUGUACAUCUCUCCAUGUACAUGUCUGGGGCCUUAUGCCACAUUUAUGUUAUGGCAGGGAUGAAUAUAAGAUUGGAGCUGCAAAAGGAAGCUGGUGAGAGGAAGGGAGUGGCCAGUGUAGGAAAUGGCAUCAUUGUCCCUCUCUGAGGUCAGACUUCUGGACCAGUAGCAGAGGGGAGUGAUACAACUGAGCUCUCUGGAGUGAGGAAUGUUGGGGUUGAGUGGAGGCAGGGGGAGGGAAUGACCUGCACAUCAUUUUUCACACAUUCUGAUGUUGUGUCUUCCCUCUGUACAAGGAGAGAGGAGAUUUGGAUCCUACCUCCUCUCGUUACUAUCUACUCAUUUGCUUAAAAAAUUAACAAUUUCAUAUGCUAUAGGCUCACCCACACUUCAGAUCGCCCCGUGCUUUUUAGGCAUAGGUCCAAGCAGUUUUUUCAUUUGCCCUGCUUCUUUCCCUAGGAAAACUUGUUUACCACUGAAUCGGUACAAACAUCAAUCCACAGAAAAACCAAUUGGCGUUUGUUCCGAUUCACCAGUAAACAGCGGGUUUUCCUGGGAGGGAAGGCAGCAAGACAAGCAGAAGUAUGGAUGAGCCCUAUGUUCCGGAAAACAAAACAAAUAUGUAUUUGCAUGAUGACACCACCUGAAGUAUACCUGAAGGAGCAUCUUCAUCCCCACUCUUCAACCCGGAUGCAGAGGUCCAGUUCCAAGGGCCCUCUGGCAGUUCCAUCACUGCAACUGCAGGUGAAACUACAGAGAACCAGACAGAAGGCCUUUUUGGUAGUUUUGGUAGUUGAAACCGCCCUGUUUAUCAAAGAGAUAAACAACUCUAUCAUUUUUCAUAGCCAUCUGAAGGCAGCCCUGUUUUGGGAAGCUUUAAAUGGUGGUGGUGGUUCUUUCCUGUAUUUUUGUUGGAAGCCACCCAGAGUGGUUGGGCAACCCAGUCAGAUAGGUGGAGUAUAAGAAAUAAAUUAGUAGUAGUAGUAGUAGUAACUAAAGUUUUUUAGGCUUCAGUCCUAACACACUCUCACAUGCAUGCUGGAGAACAGUGCUGCUGGCAGGUGAACUCUGAUGCAGUGGAUGUCCUGUCUGUGGUGAUGCAGAUGGUAAGCUACCACCAGUGGUCCUUCAGUGGAAAGUCCAUGAAGUGAGGCAUUUAUGGUGAGGGCAGAGCACCAAAAGCCUAGAGGUCUAUUCCAUCCUAAGCCCUGUGGAUGCCCUGAAGGGCCCAAUCUUUGGAUCCCUCAACUGUGCCAGAGCUGACAUAGCAAAUUAUAGUGGCGCGGGAAUGGUUUAGUUUGGAAAAGCAUAUAAAAAGUAAAUAAUCAUAUUCGCAGUGCUCCAGCUAAAGAAGCCACAUGUGCAAACAUUUAGAUAUGGUUCAGUGAGAUGGUGUUUUAUCCUCAGCUGAUAGACUAGAUCUGCCUUUGCCCACCUGGUACCCUUCAGAUGUUCUAGACUAAAACUUCCAUUAGCCUCAACCAGCUCACGCUAGCUAGGGUGAUAGGAAUUGUAGUGCAAAAUAAUUAGCAUCAUUACCUCAGGUUUGCAUCAAAAAUGUUAAGCAUUAGUCUUUUGUCUAAGGGCAGCAGUCUUUUAAAAUAAAAGGGACAAUCUGAUUUUGCUACCAUAAAAGAAGGUAACAGUGUGACUUGGAAGUAUCUCCCUGAACUUCAGGGUUAUUGAUUUUUUAGAGUGUAAAAAAGUAACAUUGUUGCUGCUGCUGUCAUUUUAAUUUAUUACCUGCCCUUCGCCAUAAGGUCCCUGGUUAGCUUGCAACAAUUAAAUACAGUUUAAAAACUUACAAUUGCAAAAAAAAUAAAAAUAAAAUGCAACCAGAAAAAAUAGGUUGUGUCAAAGGCCAGGACGAAGAAACAUAUACUUGAACCCCAUGUUUGCCAACCAGAGUUCCAUGAUGGAAAAAAGGAAAUAUAUAAAUGUAAAAUAAGCAAUGCAUUGUAAAAUGGAUUACUGAUGCGCAAUGGAGUCUUCCCAAACUUCAUCAAUAAAGGAUGAAUUCACAAAAUAGUUUAAUACAUUUUUGAGAAUGAGACACUGAAAGUUUGUUUAAAUUAUCAUGCUACUUCUCUAACAGAUUACUACUACAUUAUAUAUAAUUUAAUUGCAAAAAGAGGUUAUUUAAAAAUAUCUACGUUUGUAUAUUGACUCUUCUUGCAAAUCCCCAUUCCUUCACUUCAGAAGAAAAGUGAGGUACAUGAUAAAAACUAUCCAAGGCAACAGAUCCAUGCUAAUAAAAAUAUGAAUUACACUGCUCCAUAGGCCGUUUCAGAUGUUCUGAUGAGGUUAAUUUAACAUACAAGAAAGGGCCACAGGCCAAGCAUAUUAGCUUCAUUCCCAUGAUGGAGGGCACAUCCUGUACUUGAAGUACUUCCUGUGCAUUUUGAGACUCCUAAGUUAGCUCUCAAUCAGAAUGCUCGAAGAGUGCUUAUAUAAUCAUGCUCAAAACUGUUUCGUUCUAUUCAGGUAACUCACUGAAAAUUCCUCAUAAGGCCACAGUCCUAUGCACCUGUAACUCUAUAAACAGUCAUGGGAUCAAGGUGGAAAAUACCAAAUUUUGUUUAAAUGCAUGUCCACCCCAUCCCCCAGUGCACAGUAAUUUGCAUUUCAUUGGGGGGAAAGAAAUCUGCUGGUGCUGUUGCUAGCUUUUCCUACUUCGUUGCAUUUCAAUUUAAAAUCUGGAGAAAAUUAAAAUCCUUACUACUACAACAACAAAAAUCGUCUUUCCUUCAUGGGCUACAAAGAAAAGAUAGUUUUGUAGGCCAGGCUGCACUCCUCCUCCUGAACACUGCAGCUUUGCAUAUGGCAGUUCCCUUUGUUCUGUGGGGAACCCUCUGGUGAAGUGGAUGGGCUUCCACAUCAAUGUUCUCUGAAGAUAAUAGUAAAGGAUGUCCAGUGUGGACCUCUUUCUCCCUUCUCUGAGGCUUCCUCAUUCGUGGAUCAGUUCAAGGAAGCUGGUUGUGCUUAUCCUACAGCCAGUUCUGCACAGCUGGCGAUAUACUCUGUGGUCUCUGCAUCUGUGAAUAACUCAAAGAUUUGGCUGGCCUCCUGUACCUGCAUCGUGUUUUGCUCUUCUACAGCCCCAGGGCAAGAACAUGGUCUCAAAUCAGAAAAGGAUACCCUUUCAGCAUAAGAAACCAUAUCUGGUUCAAAAUGAAACAGUUCACUCGGACUGCAAAACGUAUUCCUUAAAUGAUACCUAAAAGUAUCCAUGAAGUUACUACUUGGUGUUUAAUGUCUGUUUAGUUGGAGCUGAAUUUAUUCAUGAGAGUGGGAAACACACUGAUGCUCAGUCCUAGGAAGAGGAGGAGAUGUGUCAGAUAUCUUAGAUUGUUAUUUUUUUAAAUAUUCCUCUGGGCUUCUCUUCUUCUUCUAGUGCUCUCCUAUACUUGAGCAUUCCAGACAGCAAAAACUCCUCUCAGAUUAGCCAUUCUUUUUAACCAUAAUCUUUUUGUCCAUCUUGUGCUACCAAACCGUUUUUCCCCCCAGCAGGUCAGAUUUCUCCCUCUUUUCCCAGAUAAUGGAUUAUUUGUAGCUGAAGCAGUGCUGAAGUAUUCUGAAACGUGGAGGAAAUAUGUUCCAUGGAGCUGAAAAAGGAACAAUCAAGAACAUCCGUUAAAAAGACCAAUAAAUCCUAAUAAAGACAAAUGGCUCGUCAAUAUGAGGCAAAGGUGCAAGAGUUUGUGUAUGCAGGGUUAGAAACGGAAGACAUUUUUCAUUGUUGAAACAAGAAGGGGAAAAUGAACCUGCACACUUUGGGAAACCACUUGUGAUUUCACAAUUAUUAUUUUUUUUAAUCUCUGCAAUUAAUUGAAAGAUUUAAUGUGAUACCUUGUUACUAGGCAAAGCCUUUGUACAUAAUUAUAGCAGACUGCAACAUGGCACCAGAAAUGUAAAAUAUGCAGAGAUUUGGUUGCAAAAUGUUUUGUUUAAUAGGAGCCAGAUUCAUGUGGAUAAUACAUAGAAUUCUCAGACAGACAUGCCCACAGCACUUAUGAGAACAAACCUCUCCAUACCUCUUUUACUAAGCAAGCUGUUGUGGGUUUUAAAAGGAGAGAGGUCAAUAUGCCUUUAUAAAGACAGUGGAAGUAGACUUAAUAGUUUUCCCUACUGAGAAUAGAACAUAACUAUUUAAAACAUAAUUAACAAUAGGAUGUCAGUCACUUUUUUGUAGGAUUUUAUGUCUGGGGAGUUUCAGCGCUCCCAAUUAGCUUAAUGGGGCCACUGUGCUAGUUAACAAAUUGACAGUCUUGACCUGCCUGGCGGAAACAACUAUAAAGCAGUUUGGAAAAUGAAGAUGAAUAGCAGAAGUCUCGCUGCAGAUAGGACCCAAAUAUCAUUUUAUAUGUCUAUUCAUGUUUCUUACGACAGAAAAACAAAUGAUGAUGAUCCUGUUGCAUCCAAAAUGGACAGGAUCACAGACCUUACGCUUGUAAAUAUUGGGAAAUUUGCAGGGAGUACCUUCAGAUCCCAGCCACCUCUGUGCUCUCCAAGACAAGAGUGAACCUUUCAAAAGGUGAAAUUACCUUCUACGUAAUCUCAGUAGGGGUUUUACUUUAGUUUAAGAGUACCUAAAGAUCUGAAUUUGAACUCUGGUAUUAUCAGAUUGAAAAUCUGCAGGGUUUUCAAUGAUUCAAUGAAAAGCCUGAUGGUUUUUCAUGUGCAUAUUAAGCUGCCACCUAAAUAUGGUCUUCCUAAUUCAUUCUAAUUUUGGAAAAUAUUUAUUAUUAGAUAUAGCUGCCCAUCAACAAAUGAUCCAUUAGAGAUUAGAGAACAAAAAAGUAAAAUACAGUAUUAAAAGGCAAUAUAAUAAAAAAACAUUUAAAAACACGGAAAUGUGGCAUUAGAAAGUCUCCUUUCAGGGAAAAGUACAAUUAGUAGCUCAGUUUACAAAAUAAAACACAGCUUUCCCCAGAUAUAUUUCCAUGAGCAGGGUCUUGAGCAGGGCUUUUGUUUUCUUUCCUCCACCCCCCACUCCAUUAUUCCAGUAUUAUUUUACCUAAAGUGCUGAGUUGUGUUUUAUUACUUCUUUUUUUGGAUUUCCUCUGUUUUGUCUUAUAUUAUUUUUAACUGUAUUGUACCUAGAUGCUUUUUAUGUUUAAAUUGCUUGUGUGAGCUGUUGUGAAAGGGAUUUGCCCUGAAAGGUGGCACAUAUACAGGAAGGAAGAAAGAAAAGAAACAUUUAAUUUUAUUGAUAUGAAAAAGCAUUUGAUAGAGUUGAAUAAGAAGCUUCCAAAUCUUUUCAUUUUCAUAUGUAGAUAAGAAUGAUAUAUAAGUCACUAGCUGCCAGAAUUUUGAUCAAUAAUAGGCUUUUAGACGGCUGUCUUCUUCCCUGUUUAUUAUUUAAGUUUGCUGUAGAAAAUUUCUGCAAUAGCUGGCAAAUAAAAGAUUUAAUAAGGAUUUAAGACUGAACAAUAAAUUGUCAAACAUAGCCAUCCAUGCUGUCUGUCAUUUUACAAAUGAUCCAUCAGUUUAGCAGUAUCUCAGUUACAAAAUGAGAAAUGAGAAUGUCAAGCAAUUUUUUAAAAAAUCCCCUGCCCCUCAAAAUGUGUGUGUGUGUGUGUGUGUGUGUGUGUGUGUGACUGUCAUACUCCCAUAGUGUUAUUCAUGGGAAAUAUGAUAAGGGUUAGGAACUUGCUUUAAAGACACCCACAGGUAGCUUAAAUUUGUGAGACUACAUGGACUUUGCUAUUCACUACAAAAGCAGGGAAAGAACCAUCUGCAUUCCAACUGCACACACAGAGCUUUCUCUGAUAAUACUUAAAAUUAAGCAGAUUUGCAGGGCUUGUAUUGAUUUGCAUAAUUUAGUCUGACCACAAUAUUUGAGUUUCCCUGCCACAAACAAACAAUGGGGGAGGAAAGGAAAUCAUCUUCUGUGCCAUUACACCCCCCUGUGUUGUGUCUUUGUUAUGUACUGAGUUGAAUAGGAUCCAAAAGACAGCAGUCUGAUUGGUCCUAGAACAAUAGGAUCCAAAAUGCAGCAGUCUGAUUGGUCCUAGAACAAUAGGAUUCAGAAUGCAGCAGUCUGAUUGGUCCUAGAACAAUGAAGCAGUCUGAUUGGUCCACAGGAGCCACCCAAUCCAGCUCCAGGUGGAAGUGAAUCCGCAACCUGAUUGGCCCACGGGAGAAUCCCAGAAUUAGCCAAUCACGUGCGACCCAUUGUGUAAAUAAUGUAUAUAAAGCAGAUAUUUGGGGGAACAUUCAUUCCUCACUACUAUGAGCUGAAUAAAGAGCAUGAAAUCCACACUCGACUCCGAGUAUAUUUCAGUCUUUUACAAAAUAGACUUCAUAGGUAAGCUCAGUGUUUUACUUCCAUUUCAGUUAAAGUUCUCUUAACUUUGAUAACUCAUGAAGUGAAGACAUGACAGUUUUGAAUUGAAUAACUGUCCUCACUAGCAUAAUUCUUCCUAGCGACAACUGUGGCUUCCUCCUAGCACAGCGCAUUACCAGCCCUGAUUGCUAUGGUUCCAUUGUGUGUGUGUGUGUGUGUGUGUGUGUGUGUGUUUUAUUAUUAUUUCUAAAAACCCUUGAUGAAAACCACACCUAUAUGCACAUAUAAAUGAAUGCACCUUGGGACACAUUCUCCUUUACUGAUUUGUCCUCCCUUCCUGACUUUAUGAUGGCAUUUGAACUGUCGCUUUCUCCUUUAUUCCAGGGCAUGGAUUAUAUGGAACUUUUGAAAUGUUGUCCUCCUGGAGGAAAACGAGGGAAGACCAACAUGUGAAAGAGAGAACUGCCGCCGUGUUUGCAGACUCCAUGCUCUCCUUUUCUCUCACCACUGCCAUGUACCUGGUCACUUUUGGGAUAGGUGCCAGCCCCUUCACUAACAUUGAAGCAGCCAGGCUCUUCUGCUGCAAUUCCUGUAUUGCAAUUUUCUUCAACUACCUCUAUGUACUCUCCUUUUAUGGUUCCAGCCUCGUGUUUACUGGCUACAUAGAAAACAACUACCAGCAUAGUAUCUUCUGCAGAAAGGUACCAAAGCCAGACGUCUUGCAAGAGAAGCCUGCCUGGUAUAGGUUUCUUCUGACAGCCAAAUUCAGUGAGGACACGGCAGAGUCAGAGGAGACAAACAGCUACGAAAGCCACCUCUUGGUGUGUUUCCUCAAGCGUUAUUACUGUGACUGGAUAACGAACACGUAUGUCAAGCCUUUUGUAGUUCUCUUUUACCUUAUUUAUAUUUCCUUUGCCUUAAUGGGCUACCUGCAGGUCAACGAAGAGUCAGACAUUAGUAACAUUGUAGCAACUGCGACACGAACCAUGGAGUAUACUGCUGCUCAGCAGAAAUACUUCAGUAAUUACAGUCCAGUCAUUGGGUUUUAUAUCUAUGAAUCCAUCGAAUACUGGAACAUGACCGUCCAAGAUGACAUGCUAGAGUACACCAAGGGGUUUGUGAGGAUAUCGUGGUUUGAGAGCUACUUAAAUUACCUUAGAAAACUCAACAUAUCGACGGGUUUACCCAAAAAGAAUUUCACAGAUAUGCUGAGGAACUCCUUUCUGAAAGCGCCCCCGUUUGCCCAUUUUUCAGAGGAUAUAAUUUUCUCCAAGAAGUACAACAACGAAGUCGACAUUGUGGCCUCUCGAAUGUUCUUGGUGGCCAAGACCAUGGACACCAAACGGGAAGAGCUUUACCAUCUCUUGGAAACCUUAAGAAAGCUCUCCCUCAAAUCCAAGGUCAAGUUCAUUGUCUUCAACCCUUCGUUUGUCUACAUGGAUCGUUACGCCUCGUAUGUGGGGGCCCCCUUGCAGAACUCCUGUAUCAGUGCUUUAUUCCUCCUCUUCUUCUCUGCGUUCCUGGUGGCAGACUCUCUCAUCAAUGUGUGGCUCACGCUCACUGUUGCCUCAGUCGAAUUUGGAGUUAUAGGUUUUAUGACCUUGUGGAAAGUAGAGCUGGACUGCAUUUCUGUGCUGUGCUUAAUUUAUGGGAUUAAUUAUACUGUUGACAACUGUGCACCUCUCUUGUCAACGUUUGUCCUGGGCAAAGAUUUCACAAGAACUAAAUGGGUGAAGAAUGCCCUGGAGGUGCAUGGGGUAGCUAUUUUACAGAGCUACCUCUGCUACAUUGUUGGUCUGAUUCCUCUCGCAGCUGUGCCUUCAAAUCUGACCCGUACACUGUUCAGGUGCUUGUUUUUGAUAGCAUUAGUCACCUUCUUUCAUUGCUUUGCCAUUUUACCUGUGAUACUGACUUUUCUGCCACCAUCCAAGAAAAAGAGGAAAGAGAAGAAAACUCCUGAGAACCGGGAGGAAAUAGAAUGUGUUGAAAUGGUGGAUAUGGAUAGCACCCGAGUGGUUGACCAAAUUACAACAGUCUGA